CCAGCCUUGCCUCGGGUGUAGGGAUUGCAUAAGGAAAAAAAACAAAACUACACAGCUACACUGUGUGGUUUUGUUUUUUGGGGUUUCUUUGAGGCUAAACUGUUCUCACAUUGGAUUUUCUGUCAACAUUUCUGGAUAAGGAGAUUUCUGAUGAGAUAAAACUCCUGGGCUUCCCCCAAUCAAAUCCAGGCACUCUUGUGGAUACAAGGUGCCGUCCACAAUGUCAACACAGGCACCAACAUUUACACAGCCUCUGCAAAGCGGUGUGGCACUAGAGGGUAGUGCUGCAACGUUUGAGGCUCAAGUUAGUGGUAAUCCAGUUCCUGAGGUGAGCUGGUUCCGUGAUGGCCAGGUUCUUUCCACUGCCGCUCUGCCCGGCGCACAGAUCUCGUUCAGCGAUGGCCGCGCUGUUCUGAUGAUCCCUGCUGUGACAGCCGCGCACAGUGGAAGAUUUUCUGUGAGAGCCACCAAUGGUGCUGGACAAGCCACUAGCACCGCUGAACUUCUUGUUACAGCGGAGACCGUGCAGCCCAACUUUAUUCAGAGACUUCAGAGUAUGACCGUGAGACAAGGAAGCCAAGUGAGACUGGAUGUUCGUGUUGCAGGAAUCCCUACACCUGUGGUAAAGUUCUACAGAGAGGGAGCUGAGAUACAGAGCUCUGCUGACUUUCAGAUUGUUCAAGAAGGAGACCUUUACAGUUUGUUGAUUGCCGAAGCCUUCCCAGAGGAUUCUGGAACUUACUCUGUAAAUGCUUCAAACAGCAGUGGACAGGCUACCUCCACUGCUGAACUACUGGUUCAAGGGGGAGAAGCUGUGCCUGCCAAGAAGUCCAAAACUGUUGUGUCAGCCUCCUCUCAGACCAGAGUUGAGACAAGGAGUAUGGAGGCUCAUUUUGAAUCCUCAUCCAUGCAAAUGCGUGUUGAAGGUGGUGUAGUGAGCCACCAAGCACACAUGACCCCACCACGUGUGCCUCCAAAGCCAACCUCAGGCGGACGUCAUCAGUCACCAUCACCUGUGAGACGUGUCAAGGUGCCCACUCCGGCCCCUGUCAGGCCUGUAUCUCCCUCAUCAAGACUGUCUGUGUCCCCAAUCAGACCAGUUAAAUCCCCACUGACCACACGGAAAAAGGUAGCCCAUGGUCCUAAUGUCCCCCCACCAUGGAAGCAGGGAGACUUGAUAGAAGGUUCCAGCAGCUAUUCCAGCAGCAGGACUUCUAGUGCCACCCAUGCCCAGGCCUCCAUGUCUGCCACCCAUGCCCAGGCCUCCAUGUCUGCCACCCAUGCCCAGGCCUCCAUGUCUGCCACCCAGGUUCACAUGGAGCAGCACUGGGAGGGCUCUUAUGGAUCGCAAACGACUGGUGCCGCUGUAUCUGGUGUCGCUGUGAGAGAGGUUGAGGGUGGGAAAAAAGCGGAGGCAAAGGCUACAGUUGUUGCUGCUGUUGACCUAGCACGUGUUCGGAAGCCAAUGCAUGGAGAGAGGGGUCAUGCUGGAGAGGAAACCAUAGAUUCUGAUAUAAAACAGCAGUCAAUGCUGUCUACCACUGAGCAACAAGUCACAGUGACAACUGAGGCUGUGCAUAUACCAAUGAUACCACCAAUGGCAAUUCAAACAACAGUUGAUGACCAGAGUAUUCAUGUAACCCAGAUACAAAGAAGUACAGAAACUACUAUCGCCCACGUGGAUGCUGCUCCUGCGCCAUCCCCAAUUCCACAUUUCACAGUUUCAAAAGUUAUGGUUCCUAAACCUGACCAUAGCUAUGAGAUUGUUGAGACUGCAGCAGUCCCAUCCCAUGCAGAAGAGCCAGUUGUGCCACCUACUCUUGUAGCUGGUUUGAAGAACGUGACUGUGACUGAGGGUGAAUCUGUGACUCUGGAAUGUCAGAUCACUGGUCACCCUGCCCCUGGCAUCAUGUGGUUCAGAGAGGACUACAGAAUUGAGAGCUCCAUUGACUUCCAGAUCACUUAUGAGAGUAAAUGUGCCCGUCUGGUCAUCCGCGAGGCCUUCGCAGAAGACAGCGGUCGCUUCACUUGCACUGCUACUAGCGAGGCUGGAACCAUCAGUACAUCCUGCUACCUGCUUGUCAAAGUAACUGAGGAGAUUGAGACCAGGGAAGAGAUGACACAAGAGAUGACACAGCAGGAAAUGAUGACACAGCAGAGAACUGUCACUAUGUUUGACUUUACAACUAAAGAGAAACACUUUGCUGUUGAAGCAAAGGAGGAGACCAUGUCAGAGGUGAAUGUCAUCACCACAGGAUCACCAGUAGAUACUGCAGAUGCUGUCGCUCCCUUCUUUGUCAAGAAGCCAACUGUACAGAAGUUGGUGGAGGGCGGAAGAGUUGUCUUUGAGUGCCAGAUCGGAGGCAGCCACAAGCCCAACAUUAUCUGGAAGAAGACUGGAGUGCCCCUUACUACAGGAUACAGAUAUAAAGUGCACUACAAUAAGGAGAGUGGAGUAUGUAAAUUGGAGAUCUCCAUGACGUUUGCUGAUGAUGCUGGAGAGUACUCCAUCGUAGCCAGGAACCAGCUUGGAGAAGAGUCUGCCUCAGCCAGUCUGCUGGAGGAAGGAGAAUAUGAAGAAUACAUGAAGAAACAUGAAAUGACCUAUAAUACUGAAGUAACUACGGUGCAGGCGAAUGUUUCCCCUGUUGUGAGCGAAUAUGACGACCAGAAGUACAUCCAGAGAAUGGCACAGAUGCAAAGCUUUGUUAGAACUCAGGAACUCCAGAUUUCUUCAUUUGAGGAGAGGAUUAUCCACGAGAUUGAGAUCCGCAUCCUGCAGAUUACAUACCAACAAAUUGUGACUGAGGAUCGGGAAGAGAUGGUUACUUGUGCAGACCGUGAGGCUGUACAGUCAGCCUUUGCCACUCCAGUUAAAAACUACAGCAUCAUGGAAGGAAUGGGGGUCACUUUCCACUGCAAAAUGGCAGGAACUCCACUACCCAAGAUCAUAUGGUACAAAGAUGGCAAGCGUAUCCAUCAUGGCGGCCGUUACCAGAUGGAGAGUCUUCAGGAUGGUAGAGCCAGCCUGCGUCUUCCUGUGGUGCUGCCAGAAGAUGAAGGUGUUUACACAGCAUUUGCCAGCAACAUGAAGGGAAAUUCUGUGAGCUCUGGGAAACUGUAUGUGGAGCCCACUGCCAUUGCAGUAGCUCAGUAUUACACACCUGAACCUCAGGCAAUGCAGAGAAUUAGGUCUCAGUCUCCAAGAUCUCUGAGUCGUUCUCCCGGACGCUCUACAAGCCGCUCUCCCGGGCGUUCUCCCGGACGCUCUACAAGCCGCUCUCCUGCCCGCUCUCCUGCAAGCAGGCUUGAUGACACUGAUGAGAGUCAGCUUGAGAGACUGUACAGGCCUGUGUUUGUCUUGAAGCCACAGUCAUUCAAGUGUGCUGAAGGGCAGACUGCCAGAUUUGACCUGAAAGUAGUUGGUAGACCCAUGCCUGACACUUUCUGGUUCCACAAUGGACACCAAGUUGUCAAUGAUUACACCCACAAGAUAGUGGUGAAGGAAGAUGGAACUCAGUCACUGAUUGUGGUUCCAGCCAUGCCCCAUGACUCUGGAGAAUGGACGGUCGUUGCUCAAAACAGAGCUGGGAAAAGCUCUGUGCCCAUAACACUUACAGUUGAUGCCAAAGAGAACCUGGUCAGACCCCAGUUUAUUGAGAAGCUGAAGAACGUCAGUGUCAAGAAAGGCACUCUGGUUGAGUUGGCUGUCAAAGCCAUUGGAAACCCCCUGCCUGACAUUGUUUGGCUGAAAAACAGUGACAUCAUCUCCCCACAGAAGCACCCAAAUAUUAAGAUUGAGGGCCUCAAGGGACAAGCCAAAUUCUAUAUCCCACAAUCUGUGAGUUCUGAUAGUGCCUGGUACACAGCCACAGCCAUUAACAAAGCUGGAAGAGAUACCACUCGCUGCAGGGUCAACAUUGAAGUGGAUGUUGCUGCACCUGCACCGGAGAGGAGACUCAUUAUCACCAAGGGAACCUACAAGGCCAAGGAAAUUGCAGCUCCAGAGUUGGAAUCUCUGCAUCUACGUUAUGGCCAAGAGCAGUGGGAGGAGGCUGACCUAUAUGACAAGGUCAAGCAGCAGAAACCGCAGUUUAAGAAGAAGCUGACUUCCGUCAGGCUGAAGCAUUCUGGUGCUGUCCACUUUGAAUGCAGACUGACCCCUAUUGGUGAUCCCACUAUGGUUGUUGAGUGGUUACUUGAUGGCAAACCCCUUGCAGCUGCUAACAGAUUGCGCAUGGUUAAUGAAUUUGGCUACUGUAGUCUUGACUUUGAAGUUGCCUAUGCCAGAGACAGUGGUGUUAUCACCUGCAGAGCCACUAACAAAUUUGGAGUUGACCAGACCUCAGCUACACUCAUUGUAAAGGAUGAGAAGAGCCUUGUUGAGGAGGGCAAGAGGGAAAUAUACAGAAUUGAUGAGAUGGAGCGCAUGGCUCACGAAGGAGGUCCUUCUGGAGUCACUGCAGAUGAGUAUUCAGAGAAGUCAAAGCCUGAAAUUGUCCUUCUUCCCGAGCCAGCAAGAGUGUUGGAAGGUGACAUUGCAAGGUUCCGUUGCAGAGUGAUUGGUUAUCCUACACCUAAGGUCAACUGGUACCUCAAUGAGCAGCUCAUUCGCAAGAGCAAGAGAAUGAGACUUCGCUAUGAUGGCAUUUACUAUCUUGAGAUUAUCGAUAUCAAGUUAUAUGAUGCAGGAUAUGUCAAAGUGGUAGCAGAGAACCCUGAGGGCACAGCUGAGCAUCUGGUGAAGAUAGAGAUCACACAGAAAGAGGACUUCAGAUCUAUUCUCCGUCGCAUUCCUGAACCAAAGGCACAUGACACUACUGAACAAGGAAGAAUUAGCUUUGAAGUUGUGAAGGUUGACAGACCUGCUGAUGCCCAGCCAAAGGAAGUUGUCAAACUGAGGAAGACUGAAAGAGUCAUUCAUGAGAAGUCCACAGAGGAGACAGAUGAGUUGAAGAGUAAAUUUAAGCGCAGGACAGAGGAAGGUUAUUAUGAAGCCAUCACUGCUGUGGAGCUCAAGUCCAGAAGAAAGGAUGAGUCCUAUGAGGACAUGCUUAGGAAGAGGAAGGAAGAACUGCUUCACCAUCAGAAACUGUUGUCUGAGGCUAAGAACAAGAAAGACUUGGAGGAGGGAAAACUCACCAUCCCCACAAUCAAACCAGAGAAAGUACAGCUCUCUCCCAGCAUGGAAGCUCCAAAGAUCUUGGAACGCAUUGCAAGCCAGACCGUGUCUCAGACCGAGGAAGUUCGCUUCAGAGUCAGAGUUGUUGGCAAACCGGAACCUGAGUGCCAGUGGUUCAAGAAUGGAAUCCUACUGGAGAAGACAGAUCGUAUUUACUGGUUCUGGCCUGAAGACCACGUAUGUGAAUUAGUGGUCAGAGAUGUCACAGCAGAAGACUCUGCUAGCAUCAUGGUCAAAGCCAUAAACAUUGCUGGAGAGGCUUCAAGCCAGGCAUUCCUGCUGGUGCAAGUUAUUACCUUUGCUCAACAACUAGAGGAUGUGGAAGCUAAAGAGAAGGACACCAUGGUGACCUUUGAGUGUGAGACCAGUGAGCCUUUUGUUAAAGUCAAAUGGCUGAAGAACAAUGCAGAGAUCUUCUCUGGAGACAAAUACAGGAUGCACUCAGACAGAAAGGUUCAUUUCCUUUCUGUACUGACCAUCAACAUGAAGGACGAUGCAGAAUACAGUUGUGCUGUUAUUGAAGAUGACCACAUCAGGACCACUGCCAGACUCAAUGUGGAAGGUGCUUCACUGUCAAUCGUGAAGAGGCUGGAGAACAUUGAAGUGCCUGAGACCUACACUGGGGAGUUUGAGGUAGAAUUGUCUCGAGAGGAUGCUGAAGGUACAUGGUACUUCAAUGACAAGGAAAUCACGCCCAGCAGCAAAUAUGUUACCUCCUCCUGUCGUGGACGCCAUACCUUGUCUGUCAAAGACAUAAAGAAAGAAGAUCAGGGAAAAUAUACAUUCAAAAUUUACGAUAUGCAGACCAGUGCCUCCCUGAAGAUGAAACUGCGCCCUGUGACACUGAUGCAACCCCUCACUGACCUGACAAUCUGCGAGGGUGACAUUGCUCAAUUAGAGGUGCGAUUCUCCCAGGAAAACGUUGAGGGAACAUGGAUGAAGAAUGGCCAAGCAAUCUCCGCUACAGAUCGCAUCCACAUCGUUAUCGACAAACUGGUCCACAAGCUGCUUGUUGAAAAUGUGAGCAGAGAUGAUGCUGCAACAUACUCAUUCUUUGUCCCAACUCAGGAUAUCACAACCUCUGGGAAGUUGAACAUUCAAACGGUUGAAAUUUUGAGCCCACUCACGGAUGUUACCGCAGUUGAGGGCACCAAGGCUGUUAUUGAGACUAAAAUCUCUGCUGCUGAUGUUACCUCUGUGAAAUGGUUCCACAAUGACAAGCUUGUGAUGCCCAGCGAGAGAAUCCAGAUGCUUGCAAAGGGAUCCAAACAGCACCUGGUAUUCCACAGCACCUUUGCCUCUGAUGAAGGAACCUACAAGCUAUGUGUUGGCAAAGCUGACUCUAGCUGUAAACUGACCAUCGAAAAAAUUCAUAUCGUGAAGCAUAUGGAGGAUCAAGUUUGCACAGAGACCCAGAAUAUAACAUUUAAAGUCGAGGUUUCCCACCCUGGCAUUGCCGCUGUGUGGACAUUCAAGAAACAAGAACUCAAAGCUGGUCCAAAGCACAAGAUUGAGGCCAAGGGCAAGAAUUACAGCCUGACUGUCAUUAACACCACGAAGGAUGAAGACGGGCAAUACACAUUCGCUGCUGGUGAACAGACAUCCAGUGCAAAGAUUACUGUGUCAGGUGGUGCCAUAAACAGACCACUCCAGGACGUGACUGUGGCUGAGUCUCAGACAGCUGAGCUGGAGUGUGACGUGGCCAACCCAACUGCUGAGGGCAAGUGGCUGAAGGAUGGACAACCUGUGGACUUCAGUGACAAUGUCAAACAUGUGAAAAAUGGAGCUGUCAGACGUCUUGUUAUUACCAUAACUAGACCCCAGGACAUCGGUGAAUACACUUACCAGGUUGCAAACUCCAAGACAACUGCCAUCCUGAGGGUUGAGUCUGUGAAAGUCAAGAAAACCCUGACGAACCAAACUGUCACUGAGACACAGGAGGCAGAGUUCAGUCUCGAGCUCAGCCACAAGAAUGUGAAGGACUCACAAUGGAUUAAGAAUGGUGUAGAGAUCCAACCUAGUGAGAAAUAUGAAAUCACAAUUGAUGGCAUGGUCCACACCUUGAAGAUCAAGAACUGCGACACACGUGAUGAAUCAGUUUAUGGAUUCAAACUUGGAAAACUAUCUGCUAAUGCCAAAUUGAACAUUGAGACAAUUAAGAUUGUUAAGAAGCCUAAAGAUGUGACAUCACUAUUGGAUGCCACUGCCUCUUUUGAGCUGAGCCUGUCUCAUGAUGACAUCCCUAUAAAAUGGAUGUUCAAUAACGUUGAGCUUAAACCAAGUGAAAACAUCAAAAUUCUGUCUGAGAGAAAAGCUCAGAAGCUGAUCAUCCAGAAUGUGAAGACUAACAACCAUGGAGAGUACACUGCUGUAGUUGGAAACCUGCAAUGCAGUGCAUCUUUACAUGUUGAAGCUCUGCGUGUCACAAAACCCAUCAAGAACAUUGAAGUCCCAGAGACCCAGGUGGCCACUUUUGAAUGCGAAGUGUCACAUUUCAAUGUCCCAUCCACCUGGCUGAAGAAUGGAGUGGAGAUAGAAAUGAGUGACAAGUUCAGGAUUGUGGUGCAGGGCAAACUUCACCAGCUCAAGAUCAUGAACACUGGCAGUGAAGACUCUGCAGAAUACACCUUUGUCUGUGGAAAUGACAGAGUCUCUGCCACUUUGACUAUCAAUGCCAUUUUGAUCACCAACAUGCUGAAAGAUCUCAGUGCACAGGAGAAAGACACCAUCACAUUUGAAGUGAAUGUCAACUAUGAGGGCAUCACCUACAAGUGGCUGAAGAAUGGUGUUGAGAUUCGCUCCACUGACAGAUGCCAGAGCUGCACCAAACACCUAACUCACUCUCUCACCAUCCGAAAUGUUCAUUUUGGUGAUGGUGCAGAGUACAAGUUUGUGGCUGGUUCUGCUGCGUCAUCAGCAAAGCUUUAUGUUGAUGCUCGCAUUAUUGAAUUCACCAAACAUAUCAAAGAUAUCAAGAUCACAGAGAAGAAGAGGGCCACUUUCGUAUGUGAGAUCUCUGAGCCUAAUGCUCAGGUGACGUGGAUGAAGGAUGGACAGGAACUGGACAUUUCCGAAAGAUACACUGUAUCCACUGAGGAAUUCCUGCACCGUCUAGUGAUCCAGUCAGUCUGCAUGUCUGAUGCCGGAGGGUACUCUGUAAUCGCUGGUGCAAGCAUGUCAAAGGCUCAUCUCACCGUGGAGGGCAAAGAUGUCUGCAUUACAGAACCUGCUGAGAAGAAAAUGACGGUUGUUGAGAAACAAAGAACAACGUUCGAGUUUGAAGUCAAUAAGGAUGACAUUGAAGGUCACUGGCUGAGGAACGGCAUUGAGCUCCAGUUUUCCGUUGAGCAGAGGUUUAGUUAUGUUUGCAUUAGAAAGCUUCAUCGUCUGACCAUCACUGAGACCUGUAGAAGUGAUGCAGGAGAAUACACCUUCAUCGCUGGCAGGAACAGGAGGGUGGUGACACUUCAUGUCAAUAUCCCCGAGCCACCUCAGAUCAUUAACCACAUGCAGCCCCUGUCUGUGGAGUCCGGCAAACCAGCUAGUUGUAAAGGUACACCAUUCAUACAAAUGUAAUGCAUUCCUUAUAUGAUUAUGUUAUCGUAUCAACAUUUUGAAGAGGGCUAAGAUUCCCAUGAUGUGUUUGUUUAGUCGCAGAAGAUAUUACCUCACAAAUUAAGAACUGAAAUGGUUUGCUAAUUCGUUUUUAUUUCCGUCUCAGAAGUAGUUUCUCCUGACACUGGAGCUCCUCUGUCCCCACCUACCAUGGUCUCACCAAUCAGCAACACCUCAACCACUGAGGGAGAGUCAGCCAAAUUCCAGUGCAAAGUUUCUGGAGAAGCUCUGAAGAUAUCCUGGUUCCAUGGUGAGAAAGAAAUGAAGCAGUCAAACUUGUUUAAGAUGUCUACGUUUGAUAACACCUGCCAGCUGGAGAUCACCAGAGUGUACUCUGAGGUUGAGGGGGAAUACACCUGUGUUGCCAGAAACCCAGCAGGAAUGGUCACAUGCUCUGCACAUUUGAAACUUGAUGUAACCAAUAUGAAGGACGAGAUUGAAGCAACCAUUGAGCAAGAAGUCAAAGUGCCACCCGUUUUCAGGUACAAAAUCAUUCCCCUGGAGAUCAAUGUUGGCAGCAGAGCCAAGUUCGAAUGUGAAAUUGAAGAUGCACCAAAUGUGAACUUCAAAUGGUUCAAGUCUGGCUCUUCGAUCAAAGAGAGUGCCAAUUGCUGCAUCCUCAGUCGGCAACUGACAUCUUCAUUGGAGCUCCUGAGCCCAACCAAAGCUGACAGUGGUGAAUAUACCUGCAAGGCUACAAACCAGCAUGGCAGUGACACCUGUGCCGCCAAACUGACAGUAAUUGAUGAGAAAGAGAUCAAGACUGCUGAUAUUAUGAAGAGCUCAAAUGCGUCUUUCAAUUGUCAAGUCAUUGGCACAGGUCCGUUUGAGGACCUGUGGCACAAGGAUUUAAAUGAAAUGAAAUCCAGCACAAAGCACAGCCUCUCACAAGUACAGGACAUUCUGAAUCUUCAAAAACAGGAAUGUUAUGGUGUAGAUGUUGGUGAAUACCAGGGUACCGUCUCAAAUGAGGUUGGAAGUUGUUCUUGUAGAACUACUCUUCGUAUAAAAGAACCACCAUAAUUUGUGAAGAAAGUCGAAAAUGUCACAACUGUUUUGGGAAAAUCAGCUGAAUUUCAGUGUGUUGUCACUGGGUAUCAAAAUCUGUCUGUGCAAUGGCAAAUAUCUGAGAACUGGAUCUUGGAAGAUCCUAAAAUUGAAAGGAUCUUUGAAGAUAAUGUGGCAACUCUAAGGAUUCCGGUCUGUGAAGCCUAUCACAGCGGGAAAUAUACCUGCCAGGUGGCAAAUGAGGCUGGUCAAAACAAGUGCUUUGCACCCAAUCCACAAUACAAACUUAGCUUUGAGAACAACCUUAGUAGCCUUAAUAUGCAGACUACACAAAAGGAGGAUGCAGGCGACUAUCAAUUUGAGGUUUCAAACCACAUUGAGACAUGCAGUUGCAAAAUCAAGUUGAUUGUACUAGAACAAACUAUCCCUCCAAGCUUCACCAAACCUCUGAGUGAAAUACAGGAAAUAUUGGGAAUGCUUGUUCAAAUGAAUUGCAAAAUAUCUGGAUCUCUUCCUAUCACUGUGGAAUGGCAGAAAGAUAGGAACAGAAUUGACGUUGGUGGAAAAUAUAAACUUGUUCGUCAAGACAUUUCUAUGUCUUUGGAAAUUGAACAGCUAGAGAGAGCUGAUGCCGGCACUUACUCUUGCAAACUGACAAAUAAAGCAGGAAGUGUUGAAUGCAGUGGGGCAGUGAAGGUGAAAGAGCCACCAAGCUUUGUUUUGUUGCCUGAGACUCAUACAGCCCUUCCUAACUCCAACAUGCAAUUUAAGAGCACGUUUAAAGGAACACCUCCUUUCACAGUGAAAUGGUUUAAGGAUGACACUGAAUUGAUCCCUGGACCUACAUGUUUUAUUGGACUGGAAGGAUUAUCUUGCUUCCUAGAUCUUUACUCAGUUGGAGUUUUGCAGAGUGGAAUUUACUCUUGUCAGUUUAAAAAUGAUGCUGGCAUUGAAAGAUGUAGUGCUGAUUUAAUGGUGAAAGAACCUCCUGAAUUUGCGCUAAAAUUGCCAGUCACAAAGUUUGUGAAGAAGUGCCAGCCACUCCGUCUUGAAUGCAAAGUUAAGGGUUCCCCCUCUCUGCGAAUGCAGUGGUACAAAAAUGGCACUAAGAUCACAGAUGGUGACAACUAUAGACAAUCAUUUGUUGACUCAAUGGCAGUCCUUGAGCUGCGCACCACAAGAUUUGAUGACAAUGGAGUCUACACUUGUGAAGCAACCAAUGACGCUGGAAGUAUAAGCUGCAGCACAACUCUUAGAGUCAAAGAUGCACCAUCUUUCCUCAAAGUACUUCGGCCAAUUGAAGGAAUGAAAGGAAAGGAUGCUAGCCUACACUGUGAGAUGUUUGGCACAGCACCCUUUGAGAUUACCUGGGCCAAACACAAAACGCCAUUAAAGGAAAGUAGGAAAUAUAAGAUUGUGAAUGAGGAUACUGCUGCCACUCUUCAUAUCAUUGGAUUGGAAGCUUCAGAUUUUGGAGAGUAUAAGUGCAAGGCAUCAAACAGUAUAGGAUAUGAAACAUGCUGUACUACAGUUCAACUCAGAGAACCACCAACGUUUGUGGAGAAAUUGUUGAAUACGACAUGCACAUUGGGUGAAGAAGUCACCCGGAAAGCCACUGUCAAAGGCUCUCAGCCAAUGACUGCAUCUUGGUUACAGGAUAAGGAUCACAUUCUCAGAGAUGGUGACAUCCAGAAAAUUACAUUUGAAAACAACCAGCUCCCUCUUAAAGUAUUUAAAGCAGACUCACUGGCAAUGGGCAAAUACACGUGCCAACUCCGAAACGAUGCCGGAGUUGUGGAAUGUUUUUCUAACAUAACUGUAUUAGAACCCGCUAAAGUUGUGGAGAGACCAGAGUCUUUCAGCGUGACUGCAGGUGAUAUUGCAGCUCUAGAAGUCAAAGUGUCGGGGACACCAGAGCUGAAACCAAAGUGGUUUAAGAAUGGAGUCGAGCUCUCCUCUGGCCAGAAGUACAACAUCUCCUUCUCAAAGAUGAUCUCCAGCUUGAAAGUGUUGUCUGCAGAGAGGAUUGAUAUGGGAGAAUAUACAUUUGAGGUCAAAAAUGAGGUUGGCAGUGAUCUCACCAAAUUAAACCUCACUGUCCUAGAUAAAACCAUACCUCCAACAUUCACACAGAAACUGAAGGAAUCUCAUCUUAUUGUUGGAAAAGCUGGUGAAAUGGACUGCAAAGUCUCUGGUUCUGCACCUUUCACCAUUACUUGGUACCAUGAUGAAGAGGAGAUCAAAACUGGACCAAAUUAUGAGAUUUUAUUCAGUGACAACACCUGCACACUUAAAGUGCCCACUCUUAAGUGGUCUGACUCUGGAGUGUAUAAAUGCAAAGCCGUAAACAAGGCCGGAACCAAUGAGACCAGUUCCUCUUUCAUUGUGAAAGAACCUCCUUCUUUUGUGAUGCCACCUCAGCCACUGGAAGCAAUGCCUGGAACAAAUGUAACUUUCUCAGCAAUUGUCAAAGGAAGUGCCCCACUGAAACUGAAGUGGUUCAGAGGCACCAAGGAAAUUGUGUCUGGAAAAGGCUGUGAAAUUGCUCUACGGGACAAUACAGCUACUCUGGAGCUAUCCAAAAUUGACAAAUUCCACGCUGGAGAGUAUACAUGCCAGAUUAUUAAUGAUGCUGGGAAGGAAAGUUUCCUAGUUAACCUGUCUGUGAAAGAACCUGCUAGCUUUGUUAAGAAGCUGAACGACCACUCUGUUGAAAAGGGAAAAUCAUUGAUACUUGAGUGCACAUACACUGGAACCCCAAAGAUAUUUGUCACCUGGUAUAAGGACGGCCAACAGCUAUAUGCCUCUUAUAAGCACAACGUCACUACCACAGAGACCUCCUGCAUCUUGGAGUGUUUAAACAGUGACGAUAAGGAAGCAAGUGGGGAAUACACUUGUGAAGUUUCCAAUGACGCCGGAAAAGAUACCUGCAAAGCACAAGUGUUCAUUUUAGAACCACCUUAUUUCAUUGAUCAUUUGGAGCCAUUGGAAGUUACUGCUGGUGAUGCAGUUUGUUUGAAAUGCCAUGUUGGAGGAACCCCUGACAUUAAGGUGGCUUGGUAUAAGGCCGACGGAAAAGUGAGGUCUUCCCCUGAUUGCAAAAUAGAGUAUUCCAAAGGCAUUGCUUGCUUGAAAUUGAGCAAAGCAGCCGAGGCUGAUAUUGGUGAAUACACAUGCAAAGCUGAAAACAGAAUAGGAUCAGCCUCAUCCAGCUGUCGUCUCUCUGUCCAAGAGGCAAAAACGCCACCAACCUUCCCCAAGAAAAUAACCAGCAUUCAACAGACUGAAGGAAUGGAAGUUAAAUUGGAGUGCCGUGUGGCAGGCUCCUCCCCCAUUGAGGUCUCUUGGCUUAAAGACGGUGAAACUGUGAAAUCCAACGACUAUACCAUGAGUUAUGAUGAUAACACGGCUGUCCUACAAAUAUCCAGAGGUGAAAUGAGACACUCUGGGGAAUACACUUGUGUUGCUACCAACAGUGUUGGGACUGCAUCCUGCAGAGCCAAACUCACUCUUAAAGAGCCAAGAUAUCCCCCUGUCUUUGAUAAAAAGCUGUCACCCAUGGGGGACAUUUCAGUGGGUGAUAGUGUGGAAUUGGAAUGCCACAUGACUGGAUCUUUGCCAUUAAAAGUCACUUGGUCAAAAGAUCACAAAGAUAUUCGAUCAGGGGGAAAUUACAAGAUGGCCUGUGUGGAUAACACCCCACACCUCACUAUAUUGAAAGCAGAUAAAUCAAAUUAUGGCCGCUACAUUUGCCAUGCCACUAAUGACAUUGGAAAGGACUCUUGUUCCACUGAAAUUACUGUCAAAGAGCGUAAAAUCCCACCUUCAUUCACCAAAAAGCCCACAGAGACCCUAGAGGAAACGGAGGGCAAGAUGGUGAAGAUUGAGGCACGUUUGUCUGGAUCUCAGCCCAUGACCAUUAAUUGGUAUAAAGAUGACAGUGAGAUUCACAGCUCUGAUCACUAUGACAUGUCUUUCAAGAGCAAUGUGGCUGUGUUGUGUAUCAAGAGCUCCAAAGUCUCAGACUGUGGCAGGUAUACCGGCACAGCAACCAAUGAAGCAGGCACUGCCUCUUGCAAAUUGACAGUUACCAUAACUGAACACAAGAAGCCCCCUACAUUUGACCCCUCUCUAAAACCUGCCACGCUGACCGAGGGAGAGACCCUGCACCUUAGCUGCCAUGUCCAUGGAUCCCCUCCUAUGAAGAUUCAGUGGAUGAAGGACAGAAAAGACUUGAAAAACAAUUCCAGCAGUAAAAUAAGUUUUGCCGAUGGUGUUGCUUCUUUGGAGGUCAUGCGCGUAUCAAAGAAUGAUGCAGGGGACUAUCUCUGCAAGGCAACCAAUGAGGCUGGUAGUGAAUUCUGCAAGGCCAAAGUAACUAUCAAAGAGAAAUCCAAAGCAGCACCUGAACCCGCUGCAGAGGAACCAACUGCAGCACCAGUAAAGAAACUGGACCACUUGUUCUUCAUCGAGGAGCCCAAGCCUUGCCAUGUAGCCGAGAAGGGCACUGCAACUUUCAUUGCCAAAGUUGGAGGUGAUCCUAUUCCUAACGUGAAAUGGAUGAAGGGCAAGUGGAGACAGAUCACUCAUGGUGGUCGCAUCACUAUUGAGCAGAAGGGACAGGAGGCCAAGUUGGAGAUCAGAGAAAUAACAAGGUCUGACUCUGGACAGUACAGAUGUGUCGCAACUAACAAAGCUGGAGAAAUAGAAUGCAACACCGACAUGCAUGUUGAGGAAAGGAAAGAGGAUGCUGGAGUUGAGGGAGACUUCAGAGCAAAACUGAAGAAGACUCCAUCUAAACAGAAGAGUCCUCAGGAAGAGAAAGACAUUGACAUUGUAGAGUUGCUCAGAAAUGUGGACCCUAAGGAGUAUGAGAAAUACGCCCGUAUGUAUGGAAUCACUGACUACCGUGGACUUCUUCAGGCCAUUGAGCAGCUGAAGAGGGAGAAAGUAGAAGAAAGUGGAAGAUCGGAACCGGAGAGAGAGAGAGAGUUGGAUGAGGAUUUGGUCGCUCUUGUGGCUGAUUUGCAAAAGAGAAUGGAAUGUACUGAGCCGGUCACCGUGAAUAAGGACAUAACAGAUCAGUCUACAGUUACCAACAAGGUCGCUACUUUUGAGUGUGACAUCAAGAUCAACUUCCCUGAGAUCACCCUGUCCUGGUACAAGGGAACUCAGAAGCUUAACAACAACGACAAAUAUGAAGUCAGCAUUGUUGGUGACCGUCACAUCUUGAAGAUCAAGCAGUGUCAAACCAAAGACCAGGGCAACUACCGUGUUGUAUGUGGCCCACAUAUCUCCAGCGCCAAACUGACUGUUAUCGAGCCUGAGGUUGAGAAACAUCUGGAGGAAGUUGCGGGACAGGAGGGGCAAACAUGUACUCUUUCUUGUCAGUUUUCUAUCCCUAAUGUCAAAACCCAAUGGUUUAAGAAUGGAAAGCUCUUAGAAAUGAAACACAGAUACUCGUAUGAGGUGGUCAACAACAUUCAGAGGCUCUCGAUUAAAGACCUCAGACCAGAAGACCAAGGACGUUAUACCUGCAAAUAUGAAAACCUCGAAUCCACUGCAGAUCUCUUGGUUGAAGAAAUUGAACUAGCAAGGGUACUCCAUGAUGUCCCUGAUUCAUCAAUACGAGUCCCUGAUAUGCCAUCUUCAGUCACUCUCAAAGCCCCGAGAGUACCUGUUGAGGAGGUGUCUGUCCAGAGUAAGAAGGUUGGAAUGAGGGAGGAAAUGCCACAAAAAGUUUCUGAAGAGCACAAGAAACCAGAGGAGAAGUCUACACCAGCUGAGGCAGCAGAACCACAUAAAGAAGAACAUGAAGAAGCGAAGAAGCCUGCCCAUAAGCCAGCUGAGAAACCUGAACAGGUUCCACUAAAGAAAGAUGUGCCUCAAGCUGCACCCCAUGUUGCUGAACCAAAACCAGAGCCUGAAGUUUCACCUGCGACUAAGGUUGAACCUGAACCGAACCGUGUGCCUAUGAAGAAACCAGAGAGUCCACCAACCAAAGUUCCUGAGGAGGUUAAGAAACCAGAGGCUUCAAAGCCAGAACCAAGAAAGCCGACAGCAGCUAAAAAGCCAGAGACAGCCUCUACGCGUGAUCCAAAGGAGCCGGAGCCUACUGCUGCUGCUGCAAAGAAGGUCCCAUCACCACAAGUGCCAGAAGAACUAAAAAGGCAGGAGGUAACUCUGCAGCAACCAGCUACCAUCCUUCAAAAAGUGGACAGAGAGGACAUAGAGCCUCAAAUACACUCUGUGCCAGAACAAGUUCACGUGGAGGAAAGAAAACCAGAAUCCCCAAAGGCUGUCAGAAAGCCUGAAUCAGUUAUUGUGCCUCCAAAGGAGAAUACACCACAAAAAGAACCAGCAAUGAAGAAGGAAUCACCUCCACAGACUGUUGAACCACUUACAAAGAAAGCGUCUCAGCUAGAGAAGACUGUUGUUGCUGAAGGGGUGAAAGAAUCUGAGCCAUUUGCAAAGAAAGUGGCUAAACCAGAGUCUAAACCAGAAAUCAAGCUAGAGUCCAAGCCAGAGAAGAGGGUUAUUGCUGAAAAGCCUGCUGAGACACUUGUAAAGAAAGUGUCUAUGCCAGAGUCUAAGCCAGAGCCUAAGCCAGAGGCUAAAACAGAGCCUAAACCUAAACCAGAGGUUAAACCAGAUCCUAUGCCAGAGUCUAAACCAGAGGUUAGGCUAGAGGUUAAGCCAGAGAAGAAGGUUGUUAUCGAAGUAGGGGUGAAAAAUGUACCACAGUCCAUUGAGCCACAAGUGUUAAAGCCAGAGCCUAAGCCUAAACUAAAGGCUAAGCCAGAUCCUAAGCCAGAGCCUAAAGCAGAGGUUAAGGCAGAGCCUAAGCCAAAACUAGAUGCUAAGCAAGAGCCUAAAGCAGAUGUUAAGCAAGAGCCUAAGCCAAAACCAGAGGCUAAAUCAGAGUCUAAGAUAGAUGCUAGGCAAAAGCUUACACCAGAGAGGAAGGCUGUUACUGUAAGGGUGAAAGAAUCACCUCCAAAGCCUGCUGAGACACUUGUAAAGAAAGUGACUAUGCCAGAGAAGACAGUUAUUGCUGAUGUGGUGGAUGAAUCACCCCCGGGGCCUGUUGAGCCACUUGCAAAGAAAGUAGCCAAACCAGAGUCUAAGCCAGAGACCAAGACAAAGAAGAUGGCUAUAGCAAAGGAGAAGGAAUCAGCUCCAAAGCCUGCUGAGCCUCUUGCAAAGAAAUUGCCUAAGCCAGAGAAAACAGCUAUUGCUGAAGAGGUGAAGGAGUCACCUUCAAAGCCUGCUGAGAUACUUCUUAAGAAAUGGUCUUCUCCAGAGUCUAAAUCUGAACCUAUGUCUGAGCCUAAGCCAGAGAAGAAGGCUGUUGCUGAGCCUCCAAAGCCAGCAGAGCCACUUCUAAAGAAAAUGUCUAAGCCAGAGUCUAAACCUGAGCCUAAGUCUGAGUCUAAACCAGAGAAGAAGGCUGUUGCUGAAGUGGUGUCUCUUUCAAGUGAAGAUGAUGUUGCUCCCCAUAAAGUACCAGAAAAGGAGAAGGAAACAUUUCCAAAUCCCACUGAGCAACUUGCAAAGAAAGUCAGCCCUCUUGAAGCACCUCGAGAGAAAAAGGCUACAGAGGAGACCAAGCCUGUCAUCCAAGAGCAAGAACAAGACAAUUUAAAGCCAGGUGAAGGCAAGCAGGCACCAGGACCAGCUAAGAAAGAUGGAAAGCCAGCAGAAGAAGCAGGUGCAGGUAGAGGUGCAGGCAGAGGCAGAGGCCUCAAAGCAGGCAAAACUCCAUCCCCUGGUGAAGGCAGGGGUAGAGGACUGAAACCCGGUGGUGGGGGAGGAGACAAACCCCCAGAUGCUAAUCCUUUUGGAUUCCAGCUCAAAGCAGUUCCCCUGAAGUUUACGAAACCACUCAAAGACAUAGUGUUACAAGAAGGUGAUGCUGUUGGUGCAUCUGCUACAUUUGAGUGUGAAGUUUCACCUUCUACUGCUGUAACUACAUGGAUGAAAGAUGGCAGCAACCUAAGAGAGAGUCCAAAACACAAAUUCACCUCUGAUGGCAAAGAUCGCAGACUGGCCAUUAUUGACGUCCAACUGGUGGACACUGGAGAGUACACUUGUGUUGCCAAGCUGGGCAACAAGGAAAAGACAACAACCGCCAAACUCAUUGUUGAAGAACUGCCCGUGAAGUGGGUGAAAGAGCUGGGUGAGGAGACGUCGGUCCUGAAGGGGCAGCCUAUGUACCUGACCUGUGAGUUGAACAAGGAGAGAGAAGUGACCUGGAUGAAGAGUGGUAAGAUCCUCAAGGUAAUCGCUGGAAAGGUGGCCAUCAACGUCAUUGGAAUGCAACAAGCCGUUACGAUCCAGAACAUGGGAGAUGACGACGCUGGAAUCUACGCAUGCGAGUGUGAGCUCAUCAGGACUAAAACAACUGUCAAAAUCAUUGAAAUUGUCAGAGACUGGUUGGUGAAACCAUUGAAAGAUCAGCAUGUGAAACCCAAGGCCACUGCCACUUUCAAAUGCGAGCUCUUCAAAGAAACCCCCAACUGGAAGUGGUUCAAAGGCAACAAUGAGAUUACAAAUGAUCCAACUGACAAGACUGAGGUCAAGAAAGAAGGCAAAGUCCUGACUCUCACAAUAAAGAAUGCACAGCCCGAAGAUAUUGCAGAAUAUACUAUGGAGGUUGAAGGCCACAGAUACACAGCUAACCUGACUCUUGGAGAACGUGAAGCUGAGAUCUUGAAGCCACUCUCAAGUUGCGAGGUGGUCGAGAAAGAGGAUGUUACAUUUGAAACUGAGAUAUCUGAAGAGGAUGUGCCUGGAGAAUGGAAACAUAAAGGGCAGGUCUUAACAAGAUCACCGACAUGUGAGAUCAAAAUGGAGGGCAAUAAACGUUUCCUCACUCUGAAAAGUGUUCCACUGGACGCGUCUGGUGAAGUGUCUUAUACAGCUCUGAAUGCUGUCACUAGUGCUGUGCUCACAGUCAAGGUAAUGGAAAUGGACUUCACAGUCCCCUUAAAGGGCAUCGUACCUGAAAAGAAACAGGCUAUGUUUGAAUGUACUAUCACAAGGGAUGUGCCUGAAGUCAUGUGGUUGAAGGGGUCAGACACUAUUGGUACAUCAGACAAAACAUAUGAAAUAAUCAAUGAUGGAAUAAAACAUAUGUUGGUCAUAAACAACGGUGAGUUUGAUGAUGAGGGAAAUUACAGUAUAGAAGCUGUGGGCAAAAAUUCAACCUCUACACUCAUUGUGGAGGGUAUGAGGCUCAAAUUUGAAUUGCGACUUCAGGAUCAAACUGAGAAGGAAGGUAACACUGCUCGGUUUGAGCUUGAGCUCUCUCAUGAUAAUGUACCUGUGACAUGGUACAAAAAUGAAGUAGAACUCCAUGUGAACAGAACCGUGCUCAUCCAUAGUCAUGGAAAGAAACAGACGUUAGAAAUCAAGGAGUUGAGUCUUGAUGAUAUCUGCCAGGUUAAGGCAGAGGCAAUCUCAGAAGGGAAUCUCUCAAUGGCAAAACUGACGGUGAUAGGUAACCCCUGCUUUGUUGCCUCCUUCAAAUUAAAUGAGGUAGAAAUCUCUGAAGAUGAUGUCCAUGGCCAGUGGAAACUGAACUGAGAAGUCCUUACUCAAUCCCCUGACAUUGAAAUGGACGGUGCAAAGCACACAUUAAUAUUAUACAACCUCAAGGCCCCCUUGUCAGGGGAGAUUCUAUUUACAGCUGCUAAUGCUAAAUGUGUUGCUAAUCUGAAAGUGAAAGAGAGUCCAAUUACAUUUGUCACACCUUUGAGUGAUGUACAAGUGUAUGAAAAAUAUGAGGUCAGAUUUGAGUGUGAGGUGUCCACAGUGCCUACGGGCUUCCGUUGGCUCAAAGGAUCUCAUGAGUUGACAGCUUAUGAUAAGUUUGAUAUUACCCAUGAGGGAAAGAGACAUCUGGUGGUCAAAUCUGCCGCAUAUGAGGAUGAAGCUGAGUACAUAUUUGAGGCAGAGGACAAGAGAACCACUGGCGAACUAGUUAUCCAAUGUAUCGCCUUGAGUUUUCUGAAGCCCAUUAAAGAUGUCACGGUCAAGGAGCGCUAGGCAGCAGAGUUCAGUAUUGAGGCUAGACAGCAGAGUUCAGUAUCACAUGACAACAUCCAGGUCACCUGGUACAAGAACAAUGUGCGUUUGCAUCCCAGCCAAGUUGUGCACAUGUCAGACGAUGGCAAGAUGCACAAAUUGACCUUCAAGGGGGUGUCCAUUGAUGACACAUCCAUGAUCAAAGUAGAGGCCAUGGACAAUAUCUCAGAGGACAUGCACACAGUUCUCGAGGGAAAGCCUUACUUCACGACAAAACUGCACGACUGCUCAGUCACUGAGAAAGAUGAACUGACGAUGAUUUGUGAACUGAGCAAGGCCAAUGCAGAGGUGAAAUGGUUCAAAGGUGACCAGCAAAUCACUUCCUCCAAGAACGUGGUCAUCAAAGCCGAUGGAAAGAGGCGUAUGCUGAUCAUUAAGAAGACAGAGAAAGCCGACAUGGGAGAAUACAGCUGUGAUUGUGAUGCGGACAGAACCACGGCCAAGCUCAACAUUGAAGAUCGUGACAUUAAGUUUGUCAGGCCCCUGUACAGCGUGGAAGUGACAGAAACUGAAAUCGCCAAGUUUGAGACUGAGAUCUCUGCUGAUGAUGUCCAUGGUCACUGGAAACUCAAUGGAGAGGCCCUUCAUCAGUCUCCUGACUGUGAGAUUAAGGAGGAGGGUACAAGGCAUAUCCUUAUCCUGUACAACGUUCGCAAGGAUCAGGCCGGAGAAGUUGACUUCCAGGCUGCCAAUGCUAAAUCCAAUGCUCAGCUCAGAGUUAAAGCGCGGGUGAUCGGCCUGCUGCGGCCUCUCAAGGAUGUUACUGUUACUGCUGGGGAGACCGCCACUUUCGACUGUGAACUGUCAUAUGAAGGAAUUGCUGUGGAAUGGUUCUUAGGGGGUACAAAGUUGGAGCCAAGUGACAGAGUGGUCACCCGAGCAGAAGACAAAACUCACACGCUGACUCUCAGAGAUGUCAAGAUUUCAGAAGAUGGAGAAAUUAAACUCACUGCAAAGGAUUUCCAGAUUGAGGCCAGACUACAUGUGAAUGAACCACCAGUUGAGUUCACCAAACCUCUGGAGGACCAGACAGUUGAGGAAGAGGCCACUGCUACAUUGGAGUGUGAAGUCUCCAGGGAAAACGCUGAGGUCAGUUGGUUCCAAGAUGGACAGGAGAUCCUCAAAACGAAGAAAUAUGACAUUGUUGCCGAUGGCCGCGUGAGAAAACUCAUCAUUCAUGGCUGCACUCUUGAUGAUUCAAAAACAUUUACCUGCGACGCCUCAGAAUUCAAAACCUCUUGCUUCCUUAACGUUGAACCUCCACAUGUUGAGUUCUCUAAGCCACUCCAUGAUGUUGAGGUCAAAGAAAAGGAAUCUGCCAGAUUUGAAUGCGAAGUAUCGCGCGAAAAUGCCAAGGUCCGUUGGUUGAAGGACAGCAGUGAAAUCAGAAAGGGAAAGAAAUAUGAAAUAAUCGCCAAAGGUCGCCAACACAUCCUCAUCAUCCACAAAUCAGUGUUCGAUGAUGAAGCAGAAUAUGAAUGUGAUGCGAAGGUCUCCAAAUCCUCCGGCAUGCUUACAGUCGUCGAGGAAGAAGCUACGUUCACCAGGAACCUGUCUAACGUGGAGGGAACAGAAGCAGACAGUGUGAAGAUGAUUUGUGAAGUAUCGAAGGCAGACGCUGAUGUCAUGUGGUUUAAGGAAGACCAGGAACUUCCCGAGGGAGGAAGAUACGAUCAGAUCGUAGACGGCAGGAAGAGGAUACUUAUCAUCCAGGAUCUCAAAACAGAUGAUGCUGGAGAGUACUAUUGCAAACUGUCCAGCUCAAAGACAACUGGAAACCUGAAAAUAAAUGAAUUGGCUGCUGAGUUUAUCGCCAUGCCUCAGAGUCAGGAGGUGGUUGAGGGAGAAAAGGCUGAGUUUGUCUGCUCAGUCUCUAAAGACACAUUCAUUGUCAAAUGGAUGAAGGAUGAUAAGGAGCUAGAAAAGGGGGACAAGUACGACAUUGUCUGUGAUGGCAAGAGAAGAAUACUUGUUAUCAAGAACUCUGAACCCAAGGAUGAGGGAGCCUAUCUUGCCCUCAUUGGCACCACCAGAGCUACAGCUGAUCUGUUUGUUCUUGAAAAACUCAGGAUCAAUACACCAAUCAAAGACACAGAAGCAAAAGAGGGACAAGAGAUCAUCUUCAACUGUGAGGUGAACACUGAGGGAGCUAAAGCUAAGUGGCUGAAGAACGAGGAGACCAUGUUUGAGAGCAGCAAGUUUGUCAUGAUCCAGAAAGACAACGUGUUCUCUCUGAGGAUCAAGGAUGCUGAUAAGUCAGAUGAAGGAAACUAUACUAUUACAUUGACAAACCAACGUGGUGAACAUGCCAAGAGCUCUGGCAAACUUACAGUAAAAGAGGAGAGUCUGAAGAUAAUUGUACCUCUUGAGGACUGCGACACACAGGAGAAGAAGACUGUUAGCUUUUCUUGCAAGGUCAACAGGCAGAAGGUUACUCUGAAAUGGACAAAGGCUGGUCAGGAGAUCACCUUCAGCAAACGCAUAAUCUACAGGUUGGACCAAUAUAAGCACACACUGACCAUCAAGGACUGUACUCUUGCUGAUGAAGGUGAAUACACCGCCAUGGCUGGUGAUGACAAGUCUACAGCUGAGCUGAUCAUUAGUGAAGCCCCCACUGACUUCUCCGCACAAGUCAAAGACCAGACCAUCCCCGAGUUUGAGAAUGCUGAGUUCACCUGCAAACUCACCAAGGAGAAGGCUGAGGUGAAAUGGUACAGGAAUGGACGUGAGAUCAGAGAGGGACCCAGGUACGUCUUUGAAAAAGAGGGCAAGACCUGCAGGCUGCGUAUCAAGGAGUGCAGACCAGAUGAUGAGUGUGAAUAUUCCUGUGGCGUAGAUGAAAAGAGAUCACACGCCCAUCUCUUCGUUGAAGAGAGUGCAGUUGAGAUCGUCAGACCACCAAAGGAUGUGUUUGAGCCUCCAGGCUCAGAUGUUGUAUAUGAAGUUGAACUGAACAAAGACAGAGUUGAGGUAAAAUGGUUGAGGAACAACAUGACCAUCGUCCAGGGUGACAAAUACCAGAUGAUGAGCGAGGGCAAGGUCCACAGACUCCAGGUGUGUGAGAUCAGGCCUCGGGACCAAGGAGAGUACAGAAUCAUCGCCAAAGACAAGGAUGCCAGAGCCAAAUUGGAACUGGCUGCUAAGCCAAAUAUCAAGACUAUGGAUCAGAGCUUAGUAACAGACGCUGGAAAGCCCAUCGUCAUGUUCGUGCCCUACAGCGCGUAUCCUAAAGCUGAAGCUGAGUGGUUCUAUGAUAAUGUCAGCCUGCCCAAGGACAACAUCCACACCGUUGGAGACAGGACAGAGUACAGGCUGAAGGACCCUAAGAAGUCCGACCAAGGACGUUACAAUGUUGUCAUCAAGAACAAACAUGGACAGGGAGAGGCAUUCAUUAAUCUGGAUGUCAUUGAUGUCCCUGGACCUGUGAAGUGUCUUCAAGUGCUUGACACCGCCGACGGUGAGGUCAGCCUAGCCUGGGAAGAGCCAGAGAGCGACGGUGGCAGCAAGAUCAUUACAUACGUGGUGGAGAGGCGUGACGUCAAGCGCAAGACAUGGACUCUUGCUACUGACCGCUCUGAUGCUCCAGAAUACACUGUGACCGGACUCCAGAGGGAAUCCAUGUACCUAUUUCGUGUUUCUGCUCGCAACAGAGUGGGCAGUGGACCAAAUAUUGAGACAGAGAAACCUGGUGUUUAUGCCAAGAACAAGUUUGAUGUUCCUGAUACUCCUCAGGAUGUGAGUGUUGGAAACGUGAGUAAGUUUGGAGCCACAGUCUCCUGGGAAAAACCAGUGUCUGAUGGAGGGGCUGAGAUCACCUCCUACAUAAUUGAGUCCCGUGACAGGACCUCUGUGAAGUGGGCCGUGGCUAUGAUCAGUAAAGCAACAGACCGCAGUGCAAUCAUCAACGACGUCAUUGAGAACAAGGAAUACAUCUUCCGUGUCAAGGCUGAAAACAAGGCUGGCAUUGGAAAGCCAAGCGCUGCCACCAAUCCAGUGAAGAUCAUGGACCCCAUUGAGAGGCCAAGCCCACCUCAGAACCUGGUGCCCUCAGAACAGAAUAAGAACUCAGUCCAGCUGACAUGGGAGACCCCAUUGAAAAAUGGAGGCAGCAUGAUCACUGGCUACAUCAUUGAGAGAUGUGAGGACGAAACAAACCAUUGGCUCAGAUGCAACGCCAGGCUCUGCCAGGAUCUCACCUACAAGAUAUCUGGCCUGAAAUAUGGCAAGAAAUACAACUACAGAGUGAUGUCUGAGAAUGCAGCUGGAGUGUCUGACCCAUCCAACACACUGGGACCCAUGCUGGCUGAUGAUACACAUGUUGGCCCCACAAUGGACCUGAGUGGAUUCAAGGAUGGCCUGGAGGUCAUUGUUCCCCAUCCCCUUACUAUCCGUGUCCCUAUCUCUGGAUAUCCCACACCACACGCAAAGUGGAGCUUCGCUGAUAAGGAGCUCACUGCUGGUGAACGUGUUUACAUGAUUACAAAGAGUACCUACGUAGAACUGACUGUCACUCCAAGUGUGCGUCCAGACAGAGGUGUAUACGCUCUGACCCUGGAGAAUGAUAUUACCAGUUGCUCAGGAGAGAUUGAAGUCAAUGUUAUCGCAUCCCCAAGUGCACCCAAAGACUUUAAGGUUGCCGAGGUGACCAGACAGCAUGUGCACCUGAUGUGGGAGGCACCAGAGCAUGAUGGAGGAAGCCCUCUGACUGGGUACCAGAUUGAGAAACGUGACGUAUCCCGCAAGACCUGGGUCAAGGUGAUCACUGGUGUUCAAGACCAGGAGUUCACUGUCACUGAUGUUGUUGAGGGCAAAGAAUAUCUGUUCAGGGUUACUGCCUGCAACAAGUGUGGCCCAGGAGAGCCUGCCUACAUUGACGAGCCAGUCAAUGUGUCCUCCCCUGCCACUGUGCCAGACUCACCUGAGAACCUGAAAUGGAGGGACAAGACAGCAUCUGGCAUCUUUCUGACCUGGGAACCACCCAAGUGGGACGGCGGCACCGGAAUCAGGGGCUACAACAUAGAAAGAUGCCAGCGUGGGACAGACAACUGGGAAUCCUGCGGAGAUCAGGUCCCUGAGUUUAAAUUGCAAGUGACUGGUCUGAUUGAGGGACAGUGGUAUGCCUACCGCGUGAAGGCCUUGAACAGACUGGGUGCCAGCAAACCCUGCAAGGCUACAGAUGAGAUAUUGGCUGUUGAUCCUAAAGACCCCCCAGAGAUUCUUCUGGAUGUCAAGUGUCUUGCUGGACUGACCGUCAAAGCUGGAUCUAAGAUCGAGCUUCCAGCUGAUGUUCUUGGAAAGCCCGUACCUAAAGUGAAAUGGACCAAGGGUGAUGUGGUCCUGAAGGGAGACGAUAGGGUCUCUAUUGACGACAAGCCUGGUCACUCCGUCGUUACGAUCAGCAAGACAAUGAGAGAGGAUACAGCUACCUACAUCAUUGAAGCCCACAACAGCUGUGGUCGUGCUACUGCAACCAUUGACGUCAACAUUCUAGAUAAGCCUGGUCCUCCAGCUGCGUUUGAUAUCUCUGAGAUCACCAACAAGUCUUGUUUCCUGGCCUGGAACCCUCCCAGAGAUGAUGGAGGUGCAAAGGUCACCAACUACAUUGUGGAGAGUAGAGCCGCAGACAGCGAAAUCUGGCACAAGCUCUCCUCCACUGUCAAAGAGACUAACUACAAGGCCAUAAACCUUACGGCCUUCAAGGAGUACAUCUUCAGAGUGUUCGCUGAGAACCAGUUUGGUAUUGGUGUGCCAGCGGAACAUAUGCCAAUUAUUGCCAGAUACGCCUUCGAUUCUCCCGGUGCACCAACCAAGCUGGAGCCUUCUGAUAUUGUUAAAGAUGGCCUGACUCUGAAUUGGUAUGAGCCUGAAGAGGAUGGUGGUAGUCCUAUCACUGGAUACUGGGUUGAGAGGUUUGAACCAGAUCAGAACAGAUGGAUCAGAUGCAACAAGAUCCCAAUCAUAGACACCACAUACAGAGUCAAAGGACUACCCACAAGGAAGAAGUAUAAGUUCAGAGUCAUGGCUGAGAAUCUCGCCGGACCUGGAAAAUCAAGCAAGGAAACUGACCAGAUAUUGGUCAAGGAUCCUAUUGAUCCUCCAUGGGCUCCUGGUAAGCCAACCGUAAAAGACGUGGCAAAGACCUCUGCCUUCCUGCAGUGGACCAAGCCUGAGCACGAUGGUGGCGCCAAGAUCGAGGGCUACAUCAUUGAACUCCUGAAGAGUGGAACUGAGCAAUGGGUCCGUGUUUCAGAGGGAAUCAAUAUCCUGGAGCACUCCCUGAGAGGCCUGAUGGACAGACAGGAGUACUCCUUCAGGGUCCUUGCUGUCAACAUCGCUGGGGAGAGUGAGCCCAGCGAUCCUAGCGAUCCAGUUCUGUGCAAGGAGAGACUCAAUCCUCCUACACCCCCACGCUGGAUGAAUGUCAUCACCGUCACCAGGAACAGUGCUGAGCUGAAGUGGACAGUACCAGAGAAGGAUGGUGGUUCACCCAUCACCAACUACAUUGUUGAGAAGAGGGAUGUCAGGCGUAAGGGCUGGCAGACAGUGGACACCACUGUGAAGGAGCUGAAGUACACUGUCACUCCACUUAACGAGGGCUCUCUCUAUGUGUUCCGUGUGGCUGCUGAGAACGCUGUUGGACCCAGUGAAUUCUGUGAACUGGAAGACUCCAUUAUGGCUAAAGAUACUUAUACUACCCCUGGACCACCAUAUAAUCUCUCUGUCAAUGGUGUGUCAAAGAGACAUGUUGACCUGCAAUGGGAUGCCCCCAAGAAUGAUGGUGGCAGACCAGUUCUGAGAUACUCCAUUGAGAAGAAGGAGAAACUUGGUACCCGCUGGGUAAAGUGUGGAAAGACCUCAGGUGAUGACUGCAAGUACAGAGUGACAGACGUCAUUGAAGGAACCGAGGUUCAGUUCCAGGUCCGCGCUGAGAAUGAGGCCGGUGCUGGACAUCCUAGUGAAGCAACAGAAAUCAUUGCUAUUGAAGAUCCAACAGGUGUACCCUCUCCUCCAAUUGAGCUUCAUAUCACUGAAGCCAGCAGAGACCAUUUGUGUAUUGCUUGGAGACCACCAGAGAGAACUGGUGGCAGUGCUGUAACUGGCUACCAUAUUGAGCUGUGUGAGGCUGGUACUGAGAAGUGGAUGAGAAUCAACUCUCGCCCAAUCAAGGAGCUCAAAUACAAAACAGAGGAGGGCAUCACCCCAGAGAAACAAUAUGUCCUGAGAGUCCGUGCCAUCAACUCUGUUGGAGUUAGUGAGCCAUCUGAUAUCUCUGAGAAGGUCUAUGCCAAGGACCCUGACUGCAUCCCAACCCUUGAGUUUCAAACAAAGGACAUUGUGAUUGUUGAGGGAGAGAAGUGGCAUCUCCCCAUCCCAUUCAGAGCAGUACCCAAGCCCAAGAUAACCUGGCACAAAGACGGAAAGGAGCUGAAGGAUGAUGAGAGAAUGAGCUUCAGACAGGAGUACCUCUCCUGUCACCUGGAGAUCGAGAGCUGUCUGCAUUCAGACUCUGGCCAGUACAAGGUCACCCUGGAAAACUCCCUCGGAGCUAGCAGCGGAACAAUUAAUGUUAAAGUUGUUGGCCUGCCCGGUCCCUGCAAAGACAUUGUUGCCAGUGAAAUCACCAAGAGCUCUUGCAAGGUUUCCUGGGAUCCUCCCAACUAUGAUGGUGGUAGCCCUGUUCUCCACUAUGUGCUACAGCGCAGAGAGGCAGGCCGGAGGACCUACGUCAACAUGAUGUCUGGAGAGAACAAGGUCAGCUGGCCUGUCAAGGAUCUGAUCCCCAAUGGAGAGUACUACUUCCAGGUCAAAGCUGUCAACAAGAUUGGUGGCGGGGAGUAUCUUGAGCUCCGCAACCCUGUGAUUGCAGAGGAUCAGAAGCAGAGCCCUGACCCUCCAUUGGAUGUUGAGACCCACAACCCUACUUCCAAGACUAUCACCCUCACGUGGAAACCUCCGAUGUAUGACGGGGGCUGCAAGAUUAUGGGCUACGUUCUGGAGAAGAUGAUGAAGGGUGAGGAGAACUUCACAAGAUGCAACGACUUCCUUGUGCCUGUGCUGUCCUACACAGUGAGGAAUCUCAGGGAGGGAAAACAAUACCAGUUCCGUGUACGAGCUGAGAACGCUGCCGGAGUCAGCGACCCAUCACGCAGCACACCAAUGGUGAAGGCUUCUGAUGCUGUCGAAACACCCAAGGUGUUCCUCAGUGGAAGCCUGCAGUCCGGUAUGAGCAUCAAGAGAGGUGCUCAGAUCAGACUGGGCGCCAACAUCUCUGGAUCCCCAUACCCUCAAAUCACAUGGUACAGGAACGACGUCGUCAUUAGACCAGAAGCCAUGAAGAAGAGACCAGAAAAACCCAUUGUUAAGAAGAAGAAGGAGGAAAAGAAGGAAGUGAAGGAAGGAGAAAAGAAGGAAGGAGAAGUAAAGGAGGGUGAAAAGAAGGAGGUGAAAGAUGAAGAAAAGAAGGAAGUCAAGGAGGGAGAGGUUGAGGUCCCAGCUACUGAGGUCCCAGCUACUGAGGCCCCAGCUGCAGAGCCUGCCCAUGAGGAGCCUAAGGAGGAGGAACUCCCUGACUACCCAACCCUCCAGGAACGUCUCACCAUCCAUGACAAGAAGAGGGGAGAAUCCUCUUGCAUUGUCAGGGACACCAUCAGGGGUGACCACGGAGUGUACACUAUCAAGGUUGAGAACGACCAUGGUAUUGCCUCUGCAACUUGUGAAGUCAAUGUGCUAGAUGCGCCUGGACCUGCAAUCAACUUCCGGUUUGAGGAGAUCAGGAAGACCUCUGUCAUCUGCAAGUGGGAUCCUCCCAUGGAUGAUGGUGGCAGUGAUAUCCUGAACUACACCUUGGAAAAAAAGGACAACUCCAAGGUGGAGAUCGGAUGGAUCACCGUAACCUCAACGCUCAGGGGAUGUAGAUACCCCGUGACCAAACUGAUAGAGAAGAAGGAGUACAUCUUCCGGGUCACUGCUGAGAACAAGUUUGGUCCUGGACCAUCAUGCAUUUCUAAGCCACUUAUUGCCAAGAAUCCAUUCGACCCACCAGAGGGUCCUGGGAAGCCUGAGAUUGAUGGCAUCACAGCCAACUCCAUGCUGGUUAGCUGGGAGGAGCCAAAUGACAUGGGCAGCCCCAUUCUGGGUUACUGGGUAGAGCGGCGUGAGAUCAACAGCACCCACUGGACCAGAGUCAACCGGGUUAUUUUGGAGGAUACGGAACUUAACGUGGAAGGCCUACUGGAAGGUCUGACAUACAUCUUCAGGGUGGCUGCUGAGAAUCAAGCUGGGCCUGGGAAGUUCAGCAUCCCUUCUGAUCCUAUGACAUGCCAGGAUCCAAUCUUGCCACCUGGGCCACCGUUCCCAAGAAUCACUGAUACCACUGAGUCUUCCAUCGACGUGGAAUGGGAUCCUCCUGCCUCCAACGGAGGUGGAGACAUCCUGGGAUACCAUGUUGACAAAACCGUAGCAGGCACCAAAGACUGGUCCCGCUCCACAGAGAGACCCUGGAAGACCCGGGUCUUCACUGUGUAUGGAGUCAGAGAGGGAGCCAAGUACCUGGUCCGUGUGAUCGCAGUCAAUGGAGCCGGUGAAGGAACUCCUGGCUUGACUGAAUCAGUCUUUGUCAGAGAUCCUAAAGAGGCUCCAGUGGUGGAGCUGGAUCUCACUGUGAGGAAUGGCGUAAUGAUCAGAGCUGGGGAGCCACUGAUUCUGCCUGCCCUGGUCACUGGUAGACCUCCUCCAGACAUCAAAUGGACCAAAGAUGACGGUCCACCGGACAAAAACCACGUUGAGAUAGAAAAUGUUGGAAAGGAAAGCAUUCUCAGUAUCAAGGCUGCCACAAGAAAGGAUCCUGGCAAAUACCAGAUCAGUGCCAGGAACAACAGUGGAAUCAAGUCUACAUGGACAAGGGUUGAAGUCAUGGAUGUUCCCGGACCUGUGCUGGACCUGAAGCCUGUGGUGGUAACCAGGAAGCUGAUGAUUCUGAACUGGUCCGAUCCUGAUGACGAUGGCGGCAGUGAUCUGACUGGCUUCAUCAUUGAGAGAAGGGAUCCCAAGAUGCACACAUGGAGACAGCCCAUAGAGACACCCUCAUCUAAGUGUGAGAUUGUGGGUAUUGUUGAAGGGCAGGAGUACAUCUUCCGGGUCGUAGCGAAGAACAAGUUUGGCUGUGGCCCUCCCGUUGAUUUGGGCCCUAUUGCUGCAGUGGAUCCCAAAGCUCCACCAACUUCACCUGAGAGAUUCCACUACACUGAGAGGACAAAGACUUCCAUCAGCCUUGCCUGGAGGCCUCCCCGCAAUGAAGGAGGCAGUCCAAUCUUGGGCUACUUUGUCGAGAAGAAGAAGCACGAUGCCCCAGCAUUUGAGCCUUGUAACACAGAGAUGUGCAAGGACCUCUUCAUGACCGUCGAGAACCUCGAGGAGCUGUUUAUGUAUGAGUUCCGUGUCAAGGCUGUCAAUUUAAUUGGAUCAAGUGAACCUGGAAUUCCACUCACCAUUGUCAUUCAAGAUGAUGAACUUCCUCCUACUGUGAGGAUGUUGAAGACCUUCAAGGGAGAUGCCAUCACUGUGAAGAAGGGAGAGCCUAUUGAAAUCCCUGCUGAGGUGACUGGUCUUCCAAUGCCCAAGGUUGAAUGGUUGAAGGAUGAGGUGAUUAUUGUAGAGCCCACUGAGACUCUGUUGAUGGAUACCAAGGAAAUCAACAGAAUGCAGUGCAAUACCAAGCUCAGUAUCCCUGCAGCAGCAAGACUGGACAAAGGCAUCUUUACAGUGAUCGCCUCCAACCGUCUUGGGUCGGCUAGUCACACCAUCAAGGUUAAGGUGUUAGACCGUCCUCUGCCACCUAGGAAUGUGAAUAUUGGUAACAUCAAGGCUGAGUCCUGUCAUCUAACCUGGGACGCACCAGAGGACGAUGGAGGAAGUGAGCUCACUAACUACAUUGUUGAGAAGCUGGACAUUCUUCCCGAGGAGGAACCUGAAGAAGAAUAUGAGGAUUCUGAGGAUGAGGAGCCUAAACCUAAGCCUGAGCCUAGACCCAUUCCUGUCUGGACGGUGAUCACCAACAGCAUCAUUGAGAAACGAUUCGGGGUUUGGAAUCUGGAAACAGGUAGCCAGUGCCAGUUCAGAGUGAGAGCAGAGAACAGGUAUGGACAGAGUGACGCCUGCGAGACAGAGGCCACCGUCAUCAAGGAUCUGUACGGACUCCCUGGUACUCCAGAGAAACCACAGAUCGCAGAGCACACCAGGUCCUCCAUGCUUGUGACAUGGGACCCUCCACGAGACAACGGUGGAUCCACUAUCUCUGGCUACUGGCUAGAGAAGAGGGAGAAAGGUUCGUCUUAUUGGGCUCGGGUUAACAAGGCCCCGGUGACGAAGCGUGCUCCUAAGCGCUGGGAGUUCCAGGUCGUUCGUAUGAUCGAGGGGUCUGCGUAUGAGUUCCGUGUCAUGGCUGUCAAUAUUGCCGGUAUUGGACCCCCCAGUGGACCUUCCGAUCCUGCAUACGCAGUGGACCCUCUUAUGAAACCCGGCAUGCCAGCACCACCAGAGGUCGCAGACAAAACCAAGCACAGUGUCAGCCUCACAUGGUCUCCACCUGAGAAAGACGGUGGAAGCUCCAUCAAGGGUUACAUCGUUGAGAUCCAGGAUGAAGCCUCUUCUGUUUGGAACAGAAUCACUGAUCUAGAGACUCUGCAUGAGACCACUGAGAUCACUGUCCCAAGUCUCAAAGAGCUGAAACACUACAAGUUCAGAGUCACAGCCGUCAAUGACAUCGGCGAGUCUGACCCAAGUCCCAAGACAGAAGUCCUAAUUGAGGACGUACAUGUGGAGCCGAAGAUCCUUAUCGAUUGUGUUGUGGAAGAUUUGCUGUGCGUCCGGGCUGGUCAUUCCUUCAGAAUCCCUGCCAUUAUCAAAGGGCGGCCCGUUCCUAAGGUGACCUGGGAAUUCACUGGACCAGCAAAGACCCACAAGAAGAACCGCCUUCAUGUCCUUCCAGUUGACUCAGAGCUUGAAUCUACUGAUACUACCGCAAACAUCACUGUACCUGUGUGCUUGAGGACACACUCUGGACGAUACACCAUCACAGCCAAGAACAAGGCGGGACAGAAACAUGUCAACGUCAGAGUCAAUGUUCUCGACGUGCCUGGUGCUCCUAGAGGGCUCAAAGUAACCGACAUCACCAGAGCUACUAUGAGGCUGAUCUGGAAACUGCCUGCUAACGACGGUGGCGAGAGGAUCAAGAGUUACUUCAUUGAGAAGAAGAAUGUGACAGGAAAGGCCUGGACCAUAGUAAACCAGUGCUGUUUCAGCCAGGCCUACAUUGUGGAGGGACUGCUGGAAGGACAGGAGUAUGUUUUCCGUGUGCGGGCUGAGAACCGUCUGGGAAUGGGACCUUUAACUGAGACCACUGAGCCUGCUAGGGCAAGAGACCCCAUCUACAUACCUGAUCCCCCAACCCACGUCAAGGUCAAUCUGGUCACCAAGGAUACAGUGACCCUGACAUGGGUGCCACCUAAGAACAACGGUGGUUCUCCUGUGAAGCACUACAUCAUAGAGCGCUUGAGUUGGGACACCAGCGGCCCGGAGAAGGAAACAUGGAAGCAGUGUAACAAGCGCAACGUUGAGGAAACCAUCUUCAUCAUUGAAGAUCUGAAAAAUGGCGGAGAGUAUGAGUUCCGCGUCAAGGCUGUGAACGAGGCUGGCCCAAGCAGAUCGUCGGCCACCGCUGGACCAAUCAUCAUCAAGGACCAGACAUGUGCUCCUACCAUUGAACUGAAGGAACAGAUGGAAGGUGAAGAGGGACUAGACGUCCAUAUUGUGGCUAGGAUACAUGGCUGUCCAUUCCCCUCCCUCGUAUGGCAGAAGGCUCCCAUUGCCAAGCCUGAAGACAAGGCUGUAGUGCAAUAUGAUCAGCAUGUCAACAAACGGAUCGUUGAUAACAAAUGUACCCUGCUGAUCCAGCAGUCCAAGAGAGAUGACAGCUCCCUUUACUCUAUCACUGCUAGCAACAGUCUGGGAAAAGCCUCUAAGGACAUCAAACUCACUGUCCUAGGACGACCUGGCGUACCAGUCGGGCCGAUUGAAUUCAAAGAGGUGUUUGCCGAGAGGAUAACACUUGCAUGGAAACCACCUAGAGAUGACGGUGGCUCCAAGGUGACAAACUAUGUCAUUGAGAAGCGUGAGGAAAACAGAAAGUCAUGGGUGCACGUUUCCAAUGAUCCCAAAGAAGGCCUCUAUACAGUUCAGAGGCUGACUGAGGGCCAUGAGUAUGAGUUCCGUGUCAUGGCUCAGAACAAAUAUGGAGUUGGCCCACCGCUGUACAGCGAACAUGAGAAAGCAAGGAAUCUCUUCACUGUCCCUGGCCAAGUUGAGAAGCCCUUAGUGGAAGACGUGACUCUUGAGUCUAUGGUGAUCGUCUGGGGUGAGCCAAAAUACGAUGGUGGAUCUCCAGUUAGUGGUUACUGGCUGGAGCGUAAAGAGACGACGGCUAAGCGCUGGACCAAAGUGAAUCGCGCCCCUAUCAGGGUCAUGCCCCUGGGUCAGGAGUAUGAGAUCACUGGUCUGCAGGAGGGAGCAAUCUACCAGUUCCGUGUGACCGCAAUCAACGCAGCUGGAAUGGGACUUCCCAGUGUCCCAUCGGAUCCUGUUCUUUCAAGAGACCCUAUUACUCUCCCCGGUCCCCCAACCCCCAAAGUAACAGACUGGACCAAGUCAACAGUGGAUCUGGAGUGGAUUCCACCUUUGAUUGAUGGUGGAUCUAAGGUCACUGGUUACUUUGUUGAAUACAUAGAAGAGGGAAAAGAAGCAGAAAUAGAAAAGCAGAAGGCAGCGGAAGCAGACAAAGUAGGAGUAGUAAAACAGAAAAAAGUGAAGAAAAUCAUAUUUGAUGAAGACGGAAAUGAAAUAUCAGAAUCAGAAGAAGAAGAAGAGGUAGUAGGGAUAAAAGACGGAUGGGAAAAGGCUAAAGACAAGGAGAUUAGAGGCACUAAGUUUGUUGUGUCUGGACUGAAAGAGCUGGGAAGGUACAAGUUCAGAGUGAGGGCAGUGAAUGCUGCUGGCGUCGGUGAGCCCGGUCAAGUGGCCGAAGUUAUUGAAUGCAAGGACAGAACAAUUGCCCCUGAAGUGGACUUGGAUGCCUCAGUGAAGGAGAAGAUUGUAGUCCAUGCCGGUGCUACCAUCCGCCUCCUGGCCCACGUGUCGGGCAAGCCGGCACCAGAGAUCACAUGGAGCAGAGAUGACCAGCCUCUACCAGCAGAGGCUAAGGUUGAAACCACUUCAAUCAGCUCUGCUCUGGUUAUCAAAAACUGUAGACGCCAUCACCAGGGUAUAUACACCCUGAGUGCAAAGAAUGAAGGAGGGGAAAGGAAGAAGGCUGUCAUUGUGGAGGUGUUGGAUGUUCCCGGCCCAGUUGGUCAGCCGUUCUCUGGUGUGAACCUCACCAUUGACUCUUGCAAGUUGACCUGGUACUCCCCUGAAGACGACGGUGGCUCAGCCAUCACCAACUACAUAAUUGAGAAGAGAGAGUCUGACCGCAUGGGCUGGACAGCAGUCUCUUACACGGUCACCAGGCACAAUGCUGUGGUCCAGGGUCUCAUCGACGGAAAAGGAUAUUUCUUUAGAAUCGCAGCUGAGAAUAUCAUCGGAAUGGGUCCAUUUAUUGAAUCAGAACGACCAGUUCUCAUCAAAGAUCCUAUUUCUGUUCCUGAGCGUGCUGAGGAUCUAGAAAUCACAGCCAUCACCAAAGACUCCAUCAGUUUGGCCUGGAGACCACCUAAGUACGAUGGUGGUUCUGAGGUUACAUGUUAUGUGCUUGAAGCUCGUCUGAUUGGAAAGGAUAACUUCACUAAGAUCGAUACUGAUGACACGUUGAUGGAUAGGAAGUUCACAAAGGGAGGUCUCAAAGAGAAUUCCACCUAUGAAUUCCGUGUCAGUGCUGUCAACGUGAUUGGUCAGGGAAAGCACUCUUUCUGCACCAAGCCAAUCCAGGUCAAGGAAGAACUUGAGCCCCCAACGAUCGACUUGGACUUCCGUGACAGACUGGUUGUGCGUGUGGGAGACGUGUGCACCCUCCAAGGCCGCUUCACUGGGAAGCCAGCACCUACAAUAACAUGGACAAAGAACGAGGAAGAGCUGAAAGCAGAUGAGGAGGUCACAAUGACCAACACUAGUAAAACACUGUGCUUGGCUAUGCCCAAGGCUAAACGAGAACACAGCGGCAGAUACCAGGUGGUGGUGGAGAACAUUGUUGGAUUACGUAAAGGAAUUUGCAGUCUCAGUGUUGUUGAUCGCCCCCAGCCUCCAGAGGGCCCAGUGGUCUUCAAUGAGGUCUACAGGAACUACAUGGUGAUUUCUUGGAACCCUCCUCUGGAUGAUGGUGGAUGUGCCAUCUCCAACUACACCAUUGAGAAGAGAGACACAAACAGAGACCUCUGGAUGCCGGUGACAACAGCUUGCACCAGGACAACAUGCAAAGUACCUAAGCUGAUUGAGGGCAGAGAGUACAUAAUCAGAAUCUGUGCUGUGAACAUCCACGGUGUCAGCAACCCACUGCUGUCUGCCGAGACAAAAGCUAAGGAUAUCUUCAAGGUGCCAAAUGCACCCAAACAGCCCAUUGUGCAGGAGAUCUAUAAGGAUCAAGCCCUUCUGACUUGGGAACCACCUGCUGAUGGUGGGAAGCCCAUCACUGGCUAUGUCAUUGAGAGGAAGGAGACCAUGACUAAUAGAUGGACUCGCGCAUCUGGAAAAGACCGCAUCUUUCCCAAAGUGGAGUACUUUGUUCCAGACCUCCUCGAGGGCUGUGAAUAUGAGUUCCGUGUCAUGGCUGAGAACGUUGUGGGUCUCGGUGACCCCAGCCCUCCAUCAAAGCCCAUAUUUGCCAAAGAUCCAAUUGUGCUUCCAAGCCCCCCUGUGCUGCCAGAAGCUGUAGAUUGGACAAAAGAGUCUGUGUCACUGUCUUGGCAGCCACCAAAGGACUGUGGCAGGGGCAAGAUCUUCGGCUAUCUCGUUGAGUUCACUAAAGCUGGAGAGGAGUGGCAGAAGGUGAAUCAGACUCCUGAUUCCUGCCAAGAAACCAAGUUCAAGGUCAUUAACCUGGAAGAGGGAGAAUAUUACAGAUUCAGAGUAACUGCUGUGAACUUUGCUGGUGAAUCUGAACCUGCAUACACCACAGAUCCAGUGAAGGCAGAAGACAGACUUGAACAUCCUGAAUUGGAUGUUGAACUGGGUAUGCCUCGUGAGUUGAAAGCCAUGGCCGGAACCCAUAUCAAUCUAAUUGCUGGAAUCAAGGGAAUUCCAUUCCCCAAAGUCACAUGGAAGAAGAACGACGAAGACGUCCCCACAAGAGUUGACAUUGAGAUCAAUCCGCUAGGAUCCAAAUUGGAGAUGCGCUACUGUGUCCGUUCUGACUGUGGUGACUACACUCUGAACAUUGAAAACUCAUCUGGUUCGAAGACUGCCACAUGCACAGUCCUCGUCCUGGACAAACCUGGUCCAAUCCAGCACCUGAGGGUUUCAGAGGUGAGAAGCGAUUCAGCCUAUCUCUCCUGGAAAGACCCCGAGGACAAUGGAGGAGCACGUCUUACCAACUUUGUUGUGGAGAAGAAAGAUGUGGCAGCCGCACAGUGGGUGCCAGUGUGCUCUUCGUCUAAGAAACGAAGCAUGAUGGCCAAGCACUUGAUGGAAGGAACAUCGUAUUUGUUCCGUGUUGCUGCUGAGAAUCAGUUCGGCAGAAGUGAAUACAUUGAAACAACCAAAGCCGUCAAAGCCAUGAAUCCACUGUUCCCACCUGGUCCACCAAAGGACUUGCACCAUGUAGAUGUCGACAAGACGGAGGUCUGGCUUGUGUGGAACUGGCCUGACCGCAAUGGAGGUAGCAACAUCAUAGGUUUCCUGGUUGAGUACCAAGAGGAAGGAGAGAGAGAGUGGGAUGAAUGGAACACCGUCAGCAUCCCUGAGAGCCACAUCACUGGCCUCGAGGAAGGAAAGACGUACAGAUUCCGUGUGAGAGCGGAGAACGCUAUCGGACUGAGUAGACCAGACACCACUGUCCCCGUCCUCUGCCAGGAGAAGCUUGUGGCUCCAAUCGUUGAAGUUGAGGCCAAGUUGAUCGAAGGGAUCAUUGUGAAAUGUGGAAGCACUAUCAGACUCCCUGCGAUCAUGAGAGGCAUCCCUGCGCCUACUGCCAAAUGGUCCAUUGACGGAGAAGAAAUUGUACCCGAAGGCGCAGUUAAGAUUGAGAGUGACAACUAUUCAACAGUUCUCAGCAUCAAUGAGUGUAUGAGAACCAACAGUGGAACCUAUAUUCUCACAGUUUCCAACCCUGCAGGAACCAAGACUCUGGCUUUGAAUGUGACCGUUCUUGAUGUGCCCGCUGCUCCCAUUGGACCAGUCAAUGUCCUUGAGGUUACUCCUGAGUACAUGCUUAUUGACUGGCGUACUCCAAAGGAUGAUGGUGGAAGCCCUGUAACAGGUUACAUUGUUGAGAAGAGAGAGGCUAAGAAGGAAACCUGGGGAGGUGUGAGCUCUGGUAGCACAGCUACAAAGCUUAAGAUCUCUCGUUUGCAGAGCGGUGUUGAAUAUGUUGUGCGUAUCCGUGCAGAGAACAAAAUGGGUAUCGGCGCUCCUCUUGAAAGUGCACCAACUGUCGCCCAACACACGUUUGAAGCCCCUGGCCAUCCAGGCAAACCAAACACAUGGGACAUUGCAGAAGAUGCUCUCACUGUUGGGUGGACCAUGCCAUUGUUUGAUGGAGGCAGUCAAAUAACUGGAUAUAUAGUUGAGCGUAGACACAAAGGCGGUAAAUGGAUCCGUGUCAACACGACACCCUGUAAGGAUCUCAGAAUCAGAGUACUUGGUCUCUUUGAGGGAAAUGAGUAUGAGUUUAGAGUUUUCGCUGAAAAUAUUGCUGGUUUCAGUGGACCUUCUGCCAUAUCAGACCCAGCAAAACCCUGUCGUCAAAUUAAAGCUCCUGGACCUCCAGUUAACCCCAGAAUCAAGGACUACAGUAAGGAAAAUGCAGACCUAGUCUGGAUUAAGCCCAACAAAGAUGGAGGCAGUCCAAUCAUGGGCUACAUUAUUGAAAUGCAGAAAGCUGGCGGAGAAUGGGAGAUCAUCAACAAGGAUGGUCACAUUAAGCAGUGUGCUUACAGAGUUAAAGGCCUUGAAGAACACUCAGAGUAUAGGUUCCGCAUUAGUGCUGUAAAUAUGAUUGGAGUUGGAGAGCCUAGAGAAUGCCUUGGAUCGGUGGUUGCCAAAGACAUCAUGAUACCUCCAGAGAUCGAGAUGAAUGCCUCAAGCCGUGAGCGUUUGACUGUCCGAGUUGGACAUAACAUCAACAUCAUCGGUUACGUGAAUGCCAGACCCGAUCCAGAGAUUAUCUGGAAAAAGGGUGAUGAUGUUUUGGAAACCGCCAAGCACACAACACUAACUCAGAACUUGCCUGUUGUUCAACUGAGAAUCAAAGAGGCAACCAGAGCAGACCAUGGAAUAUAUGUUUUGAAGGCUAACAACUACAGUGGUGAAGCCGAAGCUACAAUAACUGUGAAUGUGUUGGAUAGACCUGGACACUGUCAGAAUCUGAAGGCCACCUAUGUGACCAAAGACUCUUGUAUGGUGUCCUGGGAGAACCCUGUAGAUAACGGAGGCUCUGAGAUUACAAACUACAUUGUUGAGUGCCGUGAACCCAGUGUGAGGCUUUGGUCAAUGAUCUCAUCUGACUGCACUAACCGCAUGGUUAAAGCCAAACUCAUGGAGGGCCACGAGUAUUUCUUCCGUGUUUGUGCUGCGAACAAAUGCGGCCCUGGGCCCACAGUAGAGACAAAACAACCAACCCUUGCCAUCGAUCCCAUUAACACGCCUGGUGAGCCAGAGAACUUCCACGUAACCGACGUGGGUAAGAACUUUGUCUUCUUGAAAUGGAGGAGGCCAGACUAUGAUGGUGGAAGCCCCAGCAUUGGUUACGCUUUGGAGAGCAAAGAAGCAGGAGCGGCAGAAUGGGUGCCAUUACACGAGGAUCUAAUUACAAGUACCUACUUCAUGGCUGACAAGUGUGUGGAAAAACAAACCUAUCAGUUCAGAGUGCAGACAUGCAAUGAAGGUGGAGAAAGUGACUGGGUGAAGACUGGUGAUGUACUUGUUAAAGAGGAGAUCCAGAAACCAGUGCUUGAUUUAAAGUUAGCUGGAGCCCUUGUGGUUAAAGCUAGAGAGUCUAUCAGAAUUGAGGCUGGACUCAGAGGAAAGCCUCAACCAGAGGUGAAGUGGGUGAAGGACAAGGCCACAGGAGAUAACCCCAGAGUUAGUGUUGAAACGGGCACAGAUUACUCUAAAUUCCUUUUGACCAAAUCCAAACGUACAGACACCGGAAAAUAUGUUGUUACUGCCACAAACUCUGCUGGAACCUUCACUGGAUACGCAGUUGUUAAUGUCUUGGAUGUCCCAGGGCCCGUGAGAGACGUGAAGGUGUCUGGAAUCGGAGUAGACAAAUGUAGAGUUGCAUGGGAUCUCCCAGAAGAUGAAGGUGGAUGUGAAGUUGAUAGCUAUAUCAUUGAGAAAUGUGAGACAAGAAGAAUGGUCUGGUCCACAUACUCUGCUUCACUUGUCACCAACUACUGCAAUGUUACCCGACUAGUAGAAGGAAAUGAGUACAUCUUCCGCAUCAGAGCAGAAAACAAGAUGGGGACAGGUCCCGCAGUGGAGAGCAAACCUGUCACAGCUAGGACUCAGUUCAACAGACCUGGACCACCAGAAUCACCAGAGAUAACCAAGAUCGGCAAGGAGGAAAUGACAGUCGUAUGGGCCCCACCAGAGAAUGAUGGUGGAAAGUCUAUCACUGGUUAUAUCCUGGAAAGGAAAGAAAAGCGUGCUGUCAAAUGGGUGCCAUGCACAAAGAGUACCAUCUCUGAGAGACGCAUGAAAGUCAGCAACUUAAUUCCCAACCACGACUAUCAGUUCCGUGUCAAGGCUGAAAAUGAAGUUGGACUGGGAGAGCCAAGCAAACCAUGCAGACCAGUAGCAGCCAAAGAUCCAAUUGAGACUCCUGGUCCUCCAGGCAGUUUCAAGGUGAUUGACAGCACCAAGAUGUCCAUUACUCUUGGGUGGGCCAAGCCUAUAUAUGAUGGAGGUGCUCCUAUCAUUGGAUACAUGGUUGAAAUGAGAGACAAACUUGAACCUAAACCGGAAGUGAUUGAAGCUGAAGCUGUUCCUGAAGAUAAACCUGCAGAUGAAGCUAAGCCUGAAGGUGAAGCUAAGCCUGAAGCAGCAGCAGGAGAAGGUGAGGAAAAAUAUGAAGAGGAAGCUGAGGAUGAAGCUACUGCAGUUGCAGCUAAAGCUAAAGCUGAAGCUAAACGUAAGGAGAAAGAAGAGGGCUGGAAGAAGUGUAACACCGGUGCUGGUGUGCUGGUGCACACAGAAUUCACCAUUCCAAACUUGAAUGAGAAGCAGAUGUAUGAAUUCAGAGUCUCUGCACAGAACCAGGUCGGCUGGGGUCGUCCUGCUACACUCAAAGAGGCUGUCAACCCCAAGGAGGUCCUCGAGGCACCAGAGAUUGACUUGGAUGCCAGUCUAAGGAAGGGCUUCAUUGUUAGAGCAGGCUGCCCCAUCAGGCUCUUCGCUACUAUCAGAGGAAGACCAUCCCCCAAAGUCACCUGGAAGAAGCUCGGUGUUGAUAACGUCGCCAGGAGAGGGCACGUAGAUCAGAUUGAUACUAUGUCCUUCCUUGUGAUCCCUGAGAGCACUCGGGACGACUCCGGCAGAUACUCUCUCACACUCUCCAACUCCGCUGGGGAGAAAGCUAUAUUUGUCCGUGUUAAAGUAUUGGAUACUCCUGGACCUGUGGGAGGAUUUGAGGUCUGUGAUGUGACAAGCACCGGUUGUCAGCUGUCUUGGCUUCCUCCAGAUAACGAUGGUGGCUGUCAAAUCCAGAACUACAUCGUUGAGAAACGUGAACUCGAAAAGAAGACUUGGUCAAAUUGUAUCAACGACUUGAAGAAAACAAGCUUCAGAGUCACCGGCCUCACACCUGGCUGUGACUACUACUUUAGAGUUAUGGCAGUCAAUAAAUAUGGCAUUGGUGUUCCUAAAGACUCUCCAAAAGCCUACCUGACAACUGAUCCUAUAAGUGAACCUGAUCCACCCAAGAAGAUGGAUGUCUUGGAAGUGACAAAGAACAGUGCCACUCUGGGAUGGCUGAAACCUUUGAGGGAUGGUGGAGCUAAGAUCAAUGGCUACAUGGUUGAUUACAAAGAGGAUGGCGAACCUGAAGACAAAUGGACACCAUAUUCCGUUGUUAAAGACUUAACCAUUGUAGUCGUUGGACUUAAAGAGGGCACAAAGUACAAGUUCAGAGUUGCAGCAAGAAACGUGGCUGGAACCAGUCUGGCAAGAGAAGCUGAGGGAGUAUUUCAGGUCAAGGAGCAGCUGAUGGCACCAAAGAUCAUCAUGCCUGAUAGUGUCACAGUAAAGGCAGGAGAGAAAAUGAGAGUUGACGCUAUUGUGGCUGGAAAACCUACACCAUUCUGCAAAUGGAGGCAAGGAGCCGAUGAUCUGUUGACAUCUGAUCGUCUCAUGGUGCAAAAGUCUCCAAACUGCAUUUCACUCAUCAUGAAAGACGUCUCGAGAAAGGACAGUGGUUAUUUCAGUCUUUCUGCUGAGAACAGCACCGCCAAAAUAAGCCAGAUCCUUAGAGUCAUAGUACAGGAUAAGCCUGGGCCUCCUGAUGCUCCCCUGGAGAUUGCUGAGCUUGAUAUUGAUGCCUGCACACUUCAGUGGAACCAACCCAGUGAGGAUGGUGGAAGCAACAUCACUAACUACGUCAUUGAGAAGUGUGAUGUGAGCAGAGGAGACUGGGUCAUAGCUUCUGGCUCAUGCACCACAACCAGCUACAGAGUUGGCAAGCUUACCCCUGGAAUGGAGUAUGGCUUCCGUGUCCGAGCUGAGAACAGAUUUGGCAUCUCGGAGCCAAUCUAUUCAGAGAAAAUUAUCGCUAGAUAUCCCUUCGAUGUCCCAGGCGAGCCCAGAAAUCUGUGUAUCACGAACGUUAAGAGUGAAGCAGUGUCUCUGUCCUACGAGACCCCAUCAUCUGAUGGUGGCAGUCCUCUUACCGGAUACUGCAUUGAGCGUAAAGAGAGGAACAGCCUUCUCUGGGUAAGAGCAAAUGAGUCCGUUGUCCGCGGACUUGAAUACAACUGCACAGGCUUAAUGGAAGGUCUGGAAUAUGCAUUCAGGGUGUCUGCCCUCAACAAGGCCGGCCAGGGGAAACCAAGCAAACAGACUGACUGGGUCACAGCAAGAACACCCAUCGAUCCACCUGGGAAACCUGAGGUAAUGGAUGUGACAAAGAGCACUGUUUCACUUGUUUGGACUCGCCCCCAAAAUGAUGGAGGUAGCAAGCUCAUCGGAUACUAUGUGGAGUACAUGAAGAUUGGUCAAGAAGUAGAGAAAUGGGUUCGCUGCAAUGCCAACUGCCAGAACGUCAAAACAGAAGACUAUGUUGUAACUGGCCUGGAGGAGGGAGCCCAGUAUCACUUCAGAGUUUUCGCCAAGUCAGCAAUCAACAUCAGCUUGCCUUCUCAGAUCUCAGAUGCCAUUCCAGUGUUUGCAGAGAAUGUUCCCCCCAGGGUCGAGCUGGGAGUGGACAUGAAGAACAUGAUCAUAGUGAAGGCUGGAGAAAAUGUCUCCUUUGAUGCAGUAGUGUUUGGAAAACCACUGCCCAAGGUUACAUGGAAGAGAAAUGGUGUUCCAUUGAAACUGGUUGAUGGGAUGAAGAUGACACAGAAGAGACACACACACAUUCUGGAAUUGUUCUCUGUAGCAAGGAAGGAGUCUGGAGAGUACACUAUUUUAGCUGAAAACCCCAAUGGCACUAAAUGUGCCAAUAUUAAACUCAAGGUUCUAGACAAACCCGGCCCACCAGCCGGAGUGAAAGUCACCAAGGUGUUUGCGGACCGUAUUAAGAUGAGGUGGGAGCCACCUGUUGCAGAUGGAGGCUCUGAAAUCAUCAACUACAUCAUUGACAAACGUGAAACCAGCAGAGCGAACUGGGCUCUGGUCACCUCCAAUAUCAAUGGUCAACUGACCGAUUGCACAGUAGAAAAACUCAUGCAGGACCAUGAAUACCAGUUCAGGGUCAGUGCUGAGAACCAGUAUGGUAUUGGAGACCCCAUCCUCACUGACCCUGUCAUGGUCAAGAAUCCAUAUGAUGUUCCUGGUCCUAGUGAGCCACCAGUUAUUACCAACAUUACAGCCAAUUCUAUGACUGUCAGCUGGAAAGCGCCUGCUGAUGAUGGUAAAGCUACCAUUUUGGGUUACAUGGUUGAGAAACGUGAAGCGUCAGAGCUCAACUGGGCUAAAGUCAACCGUAAACUAGUGAUUGACAGGAGCAUAAAAGCUGCCCAGCUCUCAGAGGGAUCUGAGUAUGAGUUCAGAGUGAUUGCCAUGAACAAAGCUGGAUUUGGCAAACCAAGUGAUGCAUCCAAUGCUGCCCUUGCCGUGGAUCCUGUGUAUCCACCUGCACCACCUGCAUUCCCUAAAGUUGUCGACUCAACACACAGCACCAUUAGCUUGUCUUGGACCAAGCCUGCUUACGAUGGUGGUUGUGAAAUCUUUGGCUACCUUGUCGAGUGCAAGAGAGCUGAUGCAGCAGACUGGACAAAGUGCAAUGUGCCCAAAAAUCUGCAAGAAACCAAGUUCCUGGUUACUGGUCUCAUUGAUAAAACAGAAUAUGUGUUCCGUGUCUUUGCUGUGAACAAGAUCGGAUACAGCGAGCCAAGUGAAGUUCCUGGGAAACACGAGGCCAAAGACAUCCUGAUUGCCGCUGAUGCUGAGCUGGAUGCUGACCUUCGCAAGGCACUGGUCCUGAGAGCCGGAGUCACAAUGAGACUCUAUGUGCCACUGAUAGGACGUCCCCCACCCAAGGUGGUGUGGACCAAGGUCAAUGCCAACCUCAAAGAACGAGCAGGAAUCAUGAUCAAAACGACCGAAUGGGAUACCCUUAUGUACAUUGAGGAUAUCAACAGAUAUGAUGCUGGCAAAUACGUUUUGUCUCUUGAAAACGAGAGCGGAAAGAAGUCUUACACUAUCGUCGUGAAGGUCCUAGAUACUCCUGGUCCACCACUGAAUCUAAUUGUGAAGGAAACAUCUCUGAACCAUGCAUCCAUCGGCUGGGAUCCUCCUCUGAUUGAUGGAGGAAGCCCAGUGAAGAGCUACAUUGUUGAGAAGCGUCUUGCAGAGAGAAAGGCAUGGUCCUGUGUCAUAGCCGAAUGCCCCAAAUCUACUUUCAGGAUUCCUAACUUGGAAGCUGGACAAGCCUACUGUUUCAGAGUCUUGGCUGAAAAUAACUAUGGGAUCGGAGAAGGUUGUGAGACUGCCGGAGUUGUAAGAGCUUCAGAACUACCUGGAGCAGUUAUAGAUUUCAAGGCACUGUCGAUCACUAAAGAUUCCAUUCAUAUUGGCUGGAAAAAGCCAAUCAGUGAUGGUGGAAGUCACAUCAGUGCUUAUCUUCUGGAGCUUCAGGAAGGUGAAGAGAAGUAUACGGAACUAGUGAAAGGAAAGGUCAUGUCACAUAUGAUGGUUGAACUUAAAGAAGGAAAGGAGUACUCUUACAGGGUGAAAGCAAUAAAUGAGUCUGGAGAGGGACCACCUUCGGAGCUCACUGUGAUCGCUAAAGAUCAAACCGUUGCACCUGAUUGUGACUUGAGUGGCAUCCCAGAUCUGUGUUAUGUUGCCAAGGAGGGAAGCACAGUCCGUAUCAACGUCCCUAUUGUUGGCAAACCAGCUCCUUCAGCCAUCUGGAAGAAGGGAAAUGUUUCUCUGGGAGACAGUGGAAGAAUGUCAGUUGAAUCUACACCUACUUUGACAACUUUGCUCAUCCGUGAUUGCCAGAGAGGUGAUGCGGAAAAUUAUACAAUCCUGCUAAGAAACACUGCAGGAGUCAAAGAAGCAAAGAUGCAGAUAAAGGUGGUUGGAAAACCAGGAAUCCCAACAGGACCAUUCAAGUUUGAUGAAAUCACUGCCGAUGGAAUCACUCUGGAGUGGGGUCCACCAAAGGAUGAUGGUGGGACUGAAAUAUCCAACUACAUUCUGGAGAAGCGGCAAUCAACGGCCAACAAGUGGGCUACUGUGGCAUCUGCGAUCCAGAAGAAUACUAUGAGAGUUACGAGGCUCCAUGAUGGUACUGAAUACAUCUUCAGAGUGUUCGCAGAAAACAAAUAUGGAGUUGGAGAAUGCCUCAAAUCUGACCCAGUGGUGGCUCAGCAUCCAUUCAAUGUGCCUGAUGCACCUGCACCACCAGAGAUUGUGAGCAUUCGCCAUGAGUCGGCCAUUUUAAAUUGGACUGAACCUAAAGAAAAUGGAGGCUCACCAAUCACUGGCUAUCAUGUCGAAUUCAAAGAAAGGAACAGCUUGAUGUGGAAGAGAGCCACUAAGACCCCUAUUAGGGUAAAGGACUGCAGAGUGACUGGACUGAUUGAAGGCCUGGAGUAUGAAUUCAGAGUCAUGGCAAUGAAUGCGGCCGGUUUAGGAAGGCCAAGCAGGGCAACAGAACCAGUCAUCGCCCUUGAUCCAAUUGAUCCUCCUGGUAAGCCUGAUGUCAUCAAUGUAACCAGAAGCACUGUAACACUUAUGUGGACUGCACCCAAGUACGAUGGUGGACACAAACUGACUGGCUACCUGGUUGAGAAACUGGAAUUGCCAGGAAAGACAUGGAUGAAAGCAAAUCAUAUCAAUGUCCAAGGCCUUGCGUUUACUGUGCAAGACCUGACAGAAGGCAGCAGCAUGGAAUUCAGAAUCAGAGCUAAGAAUGCAGCUGGCGCAAUCAGUGUUCCGUCAGAGCAAACUGAUACCCUUAUCUGCAAAGAUGAGUAUGAACCACCAAGCAUCUCUAUCGAUCCAGACAUGAAGGAAGGUGUCUCUGUCAGAGCUGGGGACACCAUUGUGGUAUCUGCUUCCAAGAUCCUUGGCAAACCUCCACCUACAGCUGUGUGGUCCAAGGCAGGAAGAGAAUUCAAGACCUCAGAUAUUGUCCAAAUCACAAGCACUCCAACUACUUCAACGUUGUCUAUUAAAUAUGCCAGCAGGAAGAACACUGGAGAGUACACAAUUACAGCCAGCAAUCCUUUCGGUAUCAGAGAAGAACAUGUUAAGGUCAAGGUUCUUGAUAUCCCUGGACCUCCAGGCCCCAUUGAAGCUAGCAGUGUGUCAGCUGAGAAGUGCACAUUGACAUGGUUGCCACCAGAAGAGGAUGGUGGCUGCGCAAUCAAAUCCUACACACUGGAGAAGAGAGAAACAAGCCGUCUUCUCUGGACCAAACUUGCUGAAAAUAUCUUUGAUUGCAGAUUUGUUGCAAACAAGCUUAUCAAGGGCAAUGAGUACAUCUUCCGUGUGUCUGCAGUGAACCAGUAUGGCACUGGUGAUGGAACACAAUCCGGCCCAGUCAAAAUGGUUGACAGCUUUGGCCCACCAGGCCCACCCGGAGUCCCAGAGAUUGACAAUGUCAGCAGGAAUGCUGUCACCAUUUUCUGGAAGAGGCCAAUUAAAGAUGGCGGAAGUGAUAUUAGAGGUUAUCAGGUUGAGAGGAAAGAGAGAAGAGGAAUGAGAUGGGUGAGAGCAUCGAAGAAAACGGUCUCUGACCUACGUUACAAAGUACAAGGACUCACGGAAGGUGUUCAAUAUGAAUUCAGAGUAACUGCAGAGAACAAAGCUGGCUUUGGGGAACCAAGUGAACCAUCUGCUCAUGUAAUGACAAAGGAUAUUGUAUAUCCACCAGGACCUCCUUCCAACCCAAGAAUUACUGACACCACCAAGACAACAGCCACAUUCAACUGGGGUAAACCCCACUAUGAUGGCGGCCUGGAUGUAGCGGGAUACAUUGUUGAGCACAAAAAGGAAGGACAUGACGAUUGGGUCACAGACGUCUCAAGACUGAGAAUUACAGAAUAUGUUGUCUCAGACCUGAAGGCAGGUGGGAACUACUAUUUCAGAGUCACAGCCAUGAAUACAGAGGGAGUUGGUGAACCAGCAGAGGUUGAAGAAAUUGUUGAACUUGGGGACCGUGAGACACUUCCUGACUAUGAGCUUGACGCUGAGUAUAGAAAAACCCUUGUUGUCAGGGUCCGUGGAUCCAUUCGUAUCUUCGUACCAAUUAAAGGACGUCCAGUUCCUGAAGUAACCUGGAUGAAAGAUGCCACCAUUCUUGGUAAAGGUGGCCGUGAACACAUUGAUAUUACAGAGUCAUAUACUCUCCUGGUUAUCCCUGACUGCACAAGAUAUGAUGCCGGAAAAUACAUGCUGUCAUUAGAAAACGUUGCUGGUAAGAGAGACGGAUUCGUUAAUGUCAGAGUACUGGAUUCACCAGGACCACCUGUGAACUUGAUACCACGUGAAAUCACCAAAACAAGCAUCACUAUGCAGUGGGAAAUCCCCAUCAUUGAUGGUGGAUCAAAGAUCAUUAACUAUGUCAUUGAGAAGCGAGAAGCCACAAGAAAAGCUUACACAGUAAUCAGUACAACCUGGCAGAAAUGUUCCUUCAAGUAUGACAACUUGGAUGAAGGCUCUGAAUAUUACUUCCGGGUAUCCGCUGAAAAUGAACUGGGCGUCGGCGAGCCAGCAGAGACACCUGAGACAAUCAGAGCAUCUCAAGCACCCACUGCCCCUGAAAAUCUGUAUGUCACUGACGUAUCAGUGGACACCGCAAGCCUUGCAUGGACGAAACCAAAACAUGAUGGCGGCAGUAGGAUUACUGGAUACGUUAUUGAAGCACAGAAGAAGGACACAGAGACAUGGACCCAUGUAACAACUGUAAAAGCUCUUGACUACACAGCCACAGAUCUCAUUGAAAAUAUGGAGUAUGUGUUCCGCAUCAUGGCAGUAAACAGCUCUGGCAGAAGUAAUCCACGUGAAAGCAGACCUGCUAUCAUUAGAGAACAAACAGCAGCACCUGUGUUUGACCUGCGUGGAGUCUACCAGUCCUUGGUCAUUGCUAAAGCUGGUGAUAACGUGAAGGUUGAAAUUCCUGUUCUGGGUCGCCCCAGGCCAUCAGUUUCAUGGAAGAGAGGAGAGGACACACUUAAACAGACACAGAGAAUCAACACUGAUACUACUGCAACUUCAACUACUCUCCACAUCAAUGAGAUCAAAAGGACCGAUGGUGGUACAUUUUCGAUGACCGGCAAGAAUAUACUUGGAACAACGACAGAGACAAUUACUGUUGAAGUCCACGAUAUUCCAGGACCUCCUACUGGACCAAUUAAGCUUGAAGAAGUUUCAUGUGACUACAUUCUCAUGUCAUGGGAAGGUCCGGAGAAUGAUGGUGGCGUACCCAUUAACAAUUACAUUGUUGAAGCUAGAGAAACCACAGGCACAUCAUGGGUUGAAUUAGCAGCAACAGUUAUCCGUACGACAUUCAAAGCUGCCCGUCUCACAACAGGAAUCACAUAUCAGUUCCGUGUUAAAGCCCAGAACAGGUAUGGCAUUGGACCCUGUAUAGUCUCAGAACAAGUGGUUGCUGCUUAUCCAUUCGAUGUGCCAGGACAACCAGGCCUUCCUGAAAUCGUCCACUUCAACAAGGAUUCCAUGACUAUUAGCUGGGAUGAACCAGCGUCCGAUGGUGGAAGCCCCAUUUUGGGAUAUCACAUUGAAAGGAAAGAGAAGAACAGUAUCCUAUGGCAGAAAAUCAGCAAAGCACUUGUAGCGGGGAACAUGUUCAAAUCAACAGGCUUGGUGGAUGGAAUUGCCUAUGAGUACCGUGUUAUUGCUGAAAACAUGGCUGGUUUGAGCAGGGCAAGCAAGCAUUCUGAGACUACCUUUGCUCUGGAUCCAGUGGACCCACCUGGCCAACCAGUGGCAUUGAAUGUAACCAGACAUGAGGUGACUAUUCAGUGGACAAAACCUGAAGGUGAUGGAGGAUUCUCAAUAACUGGGUACCAAGUAGAAAAGAGAGAACUCCCAGACGGACGCUGGCUUAAGGCCAACUAUAGCAACGUCCUUGAGACAACAUUCACUAUUAGCGGGCUCACAGAGGAUGCUACUUAUGAGUUCCAUGUUUUGGCAAGAAACUCAGCUGGCGCUCUCAGUAAGCCAUCUCUACCAUCAGAGGAAAUCACUUGCAGAGAUGACAUUGAAGAGCCCAAACUUGAAGUUGAUACAAUCUAUAAUAGUACUGUGGUUGUGAAAGCAGGAGAUGUCUUCAAACUUGCUGCCAACGUAACAGGCAGACCAAUCCCAACACUGCUAUGGACCAAAGACGGGAAGGAACUUGAAGAUACGGCAAAGUUGGAAAUCAAACUCUAUGACUUUUCUACAACAUUAGUCAACAAAGAUUCGCUAAGAAGGUGCGGCGGCACAUUCACUUUAACUGCCAGCAAUCCUGGCGGUUUUGCAAAGCAUACCUUCAAUGUUAAGGUUCUUGAUAGACCUGGACCUCCAGAUGGUCCACUUGCUGUAACAGAUGUCACUGCUGAGAAAUGUAUCCUGUCAUGGUUGCCACCAUCACAUGAUGGUGGUGCAAAGAUUCUACACUACAUCAUUGAGAAACGUGAAACAAGUAGACUUGCUUGGACAAAUGUAGCGUCAGACUUACAAGUGAACCGGUUUAAGGUUACCAAGUUGUUGAAGGGUAAUGAAUAUAUCUUCAGAGUUAUGGCUGUCAACAUAUAUGGAACUGGAGAGCCCCUUGAGUCCAAUCCAAUGGUUUCUACAAAUCCAUAUGUGCCAGCUGAUGCUCCAACAACACCUGAGGUGACGACCAUCACAAAGAACACCAUGGUUGUCUGCUGGGAACGCCCUGAUCACGACGGUGGAAGCAGCAUUUUCAACUAUGUUGUUGAAAGGAGAGACAAAACUGGUCUUCGCUGGGUUAAAUGCAACAAGAGGACUGUAACUGACCUGAGGUACAAAGUAUCGGGGCUCACACCAGGGCAUGAAUACGAAUUCAGAAUCAUUGCAGAAAAUAAUGCUGGUUUAGGUACACCAAGUCCUUCAAGUGAAUUCUACAAAGCAGUAGACACAAUCUUUCAACCUGGACCACCUGGAAAUCAAAGAGUCUUGGACACAACCAAGUCAUCCAUUACAGUUGCAUGGAACAAACCUGUAUACGAUGGUGGUUCUGAUAUCAUUGGCUACAUUGUGGAGACCUGUCUACCUGAGGAAGAUGAAUGGACAAUUCGAACCCCUAAGAAGGGAUUAGUUGGUACGUCAUUUACCAUCACUAACCUGGUAGAAAACCAAGAUUAUAAAAUCAACAUUUGUGCAGUUAACUGUGAAGGAGUUGGAGAGCCAGCACAAGUGCCUGGCACACCAAUUGCAGAGGAUAGGCUGCUUCCUCCUGAAAUUGACCUUGGUGCAGAGCUUCGUAAGGUUGUCUGCGUUAGAGCUUGUGGCACAUUGAGACUCUUUGUACCUAUUAAAGGAAGACCAGCUCCUGAGGCCAAGUGGUCCAGAGAAAAUGGAGAGCCUGUUACGAGAGCAACAAUUGACACCACAUCAUCAUUUACUGCUCUUAUGGUGGAAAAUGUUGACAGAUUUGACAGUGGAAAGUACAUGUUGACAGUGGAAAACGCCUCAGGAAGCAAAACAGCAUAUGUGAAUGUCAGAGUGCUGGACACACCUGGAGCACCACAAAGCCUCAUAAUCAGAGAGGUCACCAGAGACUCAGUAUCACUCAUGUGGGACGCACCCCUUAUUGACGGUGGCUCCAGAAUUAGAAACUACGUUGUGGAGAAACGUGAAUCAACAAGAAAAGCUUACUCCACAGUUUGUGCUCAAUGCGUUAAAUCCAGCUGGAAAAUUGGUGGCCUGGAGGAAGGAAACACAUAUUUCUUCAGAAUUCUGGCUGAGAAUGAAUUUGGCAUUGGCCUUCCAAUAGAGACUCCUGAGGCAGUCAGAGUAUCUGAGAAGCCACUUCCACCAGGCAAAGUAACUCUUGUUGAUGUUACAGGCACCAGUGUCUCUCUGUCUUGGGAAAAACCAGAUCAUGAUGGAGGAAGCAGAAUCUCAGGAUAUAUUGUUGAAAUGCAGGGCAAAGACAGUGAAACUUGGACCCAGUGUGCAGUUGCAAAAAUCACACAGGCUAUUGUUCUUGGACUGACACAGGGUGAAGAAUAUAUGUUCCGUGUGUCAGCACAUAAUGAAAAAGGAACCAGUGAUCCCCGUCUACUUAGUGUAUCUGUGGUAGCCAAAGAUCUUGUCAUUGCGCCAGUAUUCAAGCUGCUGUUUACCACAUUCAGUGUAUUGGCAGGAGACGAUCUCAAGAUAGAUUUGCCAUAUUCUGCUCGUCCCAAAGCAGUUGCGACCUGGCUCAAGGAUGGUGUUGCACUCAAAGAAACAACCAGAGUCAAUGCUGAUGCCACUGAUACACAUUUGUAUCUUGUGGUCAAGGAAGCCAGUAGGGAAGAUGUGGGCAAGUACACCAUCAAACUUGUAAACACAGCUGGUGAAGCAACAGUGGACAUUGGGGUUGUUGUUCUUGAUAAACCUGGUCCUCCGACUGGCCCAAUCACUCUUGAUGAAGUCACUUCUGACAGUGUGGUACUGUCCUGGAACCCACCUACAUAUGUGGGUGGUUGUGCCAUUAACAACUAUGUAGUAGAAAAGAGGGAAACUACCUCCACAAAUUGGCAGAUUGUGUCUGCAACAGUUGCAAGAACCAUCAUUAAAGCAGCUCGGUUGAAGACUGGCUGUGAAUAUCAGUUCAGGAUUGCUGCUGAGAACAGAUAUGGAAAGAGUCCAGUACUUAUAUCAGAAAAUAUUGUUGCUCAAUAUCCAUUCAAUCUCCCAAGCGCUCCAGGGACCCCAGUUAUACAAUCAUCUACAAAGGACAGCAUGGUUAUUGUAUGGGAGAAGCCUGGUAGUGAUGGUGGGAGCAAGAUUUUGGGAUAUCACCUUGAGAGUAAGGAGAGAAACAGCCUCCUCUGGGUGAAACAAAACAAACAGCUGAUCCCAGACUCAAGGUUCAAGCUUGGUGGUCUUGAUGAAGGUAUCGAAUAUGAGUACAGAGUUUAUGCUGAAAAUAUUGUUGGGGUUGGCAAAGCUAGCAAAUUUUCAGAUAUUCGUGUAGCAAGAGAUCCCUGUGACAGUCCAGGCAAGCCUGAAGCUGUCAUUGUCACAAGAGGAGCUGUCACUCUCCAAUGGACUAAGCCAGAGUUAGAUGGAGGUAGCAAAAUCACUGGCUACCUUGUGGAGAAGAAAGAGCUGCCUGAAGGGCGCUGGAUGAAGUCCAGUUUCGCCAAUGUCAUUGAGACCCAAUUUCUUGUGACUGGCUUAGUUGAAAACCAGUGCUAUGAGUUCCGUGUCAUUGCAAGAAAUGCAGCAGGUGUUUUUAGUCUUCCAUCAGAGAGCACUGGGUCUAUUACAGCAAAGGAUGAAGUUGAUCCUCCCAAAAUAGAGAUUGACUCAAAGUACUCUUCAACAGUUGUUCUGAUGGCUGGUGAAUCGUUCAACCUUUGUGCAGAUAUUUUCGGCAAACCUGUGCCCUCAGUCCAUUGGAUGAAGAACAACAUAGAAAUAAAAGAUGCUGCACGCCUUGAGAUAAAGAACACCGCUUUUAAAGCAUCUUUGAGUGUUAAGGAGGCAAUCCGUGUUGAUGGAGGCCAAUAUAUCCUACUUUUGAAAAAUGUAGGUGGAGAGAAGGCAGUGAACAUCAAUGUCAAAGUGUUGGACAGACCUGGUCCACCAGGAGGCCCAAUUUCUAUCUAUGGAGUCACAAGUGAAAAGGCUUGUAUUGCCUGGAGACCACCAGCACAAGACGGAGGUAGUGAUGUUUCUCAUUACAUCGUUGAGAAGAGAGAGACAAGCAGAUUGGUUUGGACUCUGGUUGAACCUAAAGUGCAGACUCUAAAUCUGAAGAUCAUAAAACUUGUUCCUGGAAAUGAAUAUGUCUUCCGAGUGAUUCCUGUAAACAAAUACGGAAUUGGUGAGCCUCUUGAAUCCGAGCCAAUGAUUUCCAGAAAUCAAUUUGUGACACCUGAUCCACCAACGGAUGUGGAAGUCUCUACCAUCACAAAAGAUUCAAUGGUGGUAACGUGGGAAAGACCUGAAAACGAUGGUGGCAAUGCCAUUUCUGGAUUUGUCAUUGAGAAGCGUGACAAAGAAGGUGUGCGCUGGACCAGAUGCAAUAAGCGUACAGUGAGUGAGCUGCGCUUCAGAGUAGCAGGUCUUCUUGAAAACCGCAGCUAUGAGUUCCGAGUUUCAUCUGAGAAUGCUGCUGGAGUUGGUAAACCAAGUGAACCCACUAUUUACUAUAAAGCAUUGGACGCUAUCUUCACAUCAGGUCCACCAAAUAAUCCCAAAGUGACUGACACAACAAGAACAUCUGUGUCCUUGUCAUGGGGCAAACCUAUCUAUGAUGGUGGCUGUGAGAUUCAAGGAUACUUAGUGGAGGCCUGUGAAGGAGCAACUGAUGAAUGGACAAUGUGCACUCCACCUGCUGGAAUCAUAAACACUAAAUUUACAGUUACAAAACUACUAGAGAAGCACGAGUAUAAAUUCAGAGUCUGUGCCAUAAACAAGGUUGGUGUUGGUGAGCAUGCAGAUGUCCCUGGAUCAGUUCUUCUAGAGGAGAAAUUGGAAGCACCAGAUCUUGAGCUUGACUCUGACAUGAGGAAGAUGAUUAAUGUCAGAGCUGGAAGCGCUCUUAGGUUGUUCGUUCCUGUUAGGGGACGGCCAGCUCCUGAACUGAAAUGGGGAAAAGCUGAUGGAGAACUCAAGGAGACAGCACAGAUUGACAAUACAAGCCGUUACGCCUCACUUCUGAUUGAAAACGUUGACAGAUUUGACACUGGCAAAUACACUGUUACUGCAGAGAAUUCCAGUGGAGUUAAAUCUGUCUUCAUCAGUGUCAGAGUACUUGAUUCACCUAGUAUGCCUGCAAAUUUUGCUAUUAAGGAGAUAACAAAGAACUCAGUCACCCUUACUUGGGAGCCACCUAUUUUGGAUGGUGGGUCUAAAAUUAAGCAAUAUCAUGUUGAAAAACGAGAAAGCACUAGGAAAGUGUAUUCCCCUGUCACAACCUGUCACAAGAUGUCGUGGAAGAUUGAACCACUUGUGGAGGGAAGUAUCUAUUUCUUCAGAGUUCUUGCUGAAAACGAGUGGGGCAUUGGCUUACCCGCAGAGACCCCAGAACCCCUAAAGAUUUCAGAGGUACCUCAACCUCCCGGUAAAGUAACAGUUCUGGACGUGACCCGUAACAGUGUCUCUCUUAAGUGGGAGAAACCAGAUCAUGAUGGAGGCAGCAGAAUAAGCCAUUAUGAGAUUGAAAUGCAAUCCAAGGAUAGUGACAAAUGGACAUUAUGUGCUCAAUGUAAAUAUCUUGAAACUACUGUUAGUAGCUUAGCCCAAGGAGAGGAGUACCAAUUCAGAGUAAUUGCGGUCAAUAGCAAAGGAAAGAGUGACUCUAGACUUCUGGCCAAUCCAGUAGUAGUAAAGGACCUUGUCAUUGAACCUGACAUAAGACCUAAAUUGACACAGUACAGUGUACAGGUCGGCUAUGAUCUGAAGAUUGAAGUUCCCAUUGCUGGACAUCCUAAACCAGUCAUUACAUGGACAAAGGAUGGUGCUGCCCUGAAACAGACCACAAGAGUUAAUGUUGUCGACAGUGCACGCAAUACACAUCUAACCAUCAAAGAAGCAACAAAAGACAAUGGGGGAUUGUAUAGUAUUAAUAUUACCAAUAUGCAUGGCUCCAAAGAUGCCACCAUUGAAGUAAUCACACUGGAUAAACCUGGCCCACCAACAGGCCCAAUCAAGAUGGAUGACAUCAGUGCUGAAAGUAUGACACUUACCUGGGAACCACCCUCAUACACUGGUGGCUGCCCAAUUUCAAAUUACGUUGUCCAGAAAAGAGAUACAACCACAACCAACUGGGUAGUAGUCUCUGCCACUGUGGCGAGAAAUACCCUGAAAGUGACAAAUCUAAAAACAGGUGCAGAAUACCAAUUUAGGAUCUGUGCUGAAAACAGAUAUGGCAAAAGUUAUGCUAUUGAUUCUGAACCUGUCCUUGCCCAGUAUCCCUUCAAGGAGCCAGGACCACCAGGAACACCUUACGUAUCUUCAUACACUAAGGAUUACAUGGUUGUGGAAUGGCACAAACCAAUUUCAGAUGGAGGCAGUGCCAUUUUUGGCUAUCACAUUGAGAGAAAGGAAAAGAACAGUAUCCUUUGGACAAAGAUCAAUAAAUCCCUUAUUCAAGACUGUAGAUUUAAAUCUACUCCUUUAGAGGAAGGUAUUGAAUAUGAAUUUAAAGUGUCUGCUGAGAAUAUUGUUGGCAUUGGCGCAUGCAGCAAACUCUCUGAGGGAUAUGUGGCACGUGAUCCUUGCGAUCCUCCUGGCACCCCAGAGGCUAUCAUUGUAACCAGGCACUCCAUGAAACUGAAGUGGACAAGACCCCAGUAUGAUGGUGGCAGUAUGAUCACAGGCUAUGUGGUGGAGAAACGCAAUCUCCCAGAGGGAAGGUGGAUGAAGGCAAGUUUCACAAAUAUCAUUGAAACCGUAUUCACAGUUCUUGGUCUAACUGAAGACUGCAAAUAUGACUUCAGAAUCAUAGCUAGGAAUGCCGCUGGGUCUAUCAGCAAGCCCUCUACAAGCACAGGAUCCAUCACAGCAAAGGAUGAAGUUGAUCCUCCAAAAUGUGAAGUUGAGUCAGUGUACAAUCAGGUUGUUAUCAUCAAUGCUGGGGAAACAUUUACACUUGAGGCCGCUGUACAAGGAAAGCCAAUUCCCACAGUUCAAUGGUUCAAGAGUGAAGCAUUAGUGGAGAAUUCAGCCAGGGCUGAGAUUAUGAAUUCAGAUUUCCAAGCAAAGCUUGUUGUCAAAGAUGCUAUCAGAGUGGAUGGAGGACAAUAUACUUUGCUUCUAACUAAUGUUGCUGGAGCUAAAACUGUAACGUUCAAUGUGAGAGUACUGGACAGACCUGGGCCCUCUCAGGGACCCCUCACUGUCAGCAAUGUCGCAUGUGAGAAAUGCUCACUGUCCUGGCUUCCUCCAAGAGCUGACGGUGGCAGCAGCAUUUCCCACUACGUCAUUCAGAAGAGAGAGACUAGCCGUCUUGCAUGGACUGUGGUUGCUAGCGAUUGUGGAGCUACAAUGUUCAAAGUCACAAAGCUUCUGAUGGGAAAUGAGUACAUUUUCCGUGUUAUGGCUGUCAACAAAUUUGGUACUGGUGAACCUCUUGAAUCAGCCCCAGUUAUAAUGAGAAAUCAAUUUGUUACUCCUGGACCACCUCAAGAAUUGGAAAUAGCCAAUAUCGCAAGGGAUUCCAUGACUGUGUGCUGGACUCGCCCAGAGGUUGAUGGUGGAAGUGACAUUGCUGGUUACAUUGUUGAGAAGAGAGAUAGAGCUGGAAUCAGAUGGACAAAAUGCAACAAACGCAGAGUCACAGACCUUCGCUUCAGAGUGACAGGCCUGACAGAGGAUCAUGAAUAUGAAUUCAGAUUAUCUGCUGAGAAUGCUGCAGGAGUCGGCCAACCAACUGAACCAACUUCUUACACCAAAGCCUGUGAUCCAACCUUUGAGCCUGGCCCUCCCACUAAUGCACAUGUGGUUGAUACUUCCAAGAACUCCAUUACACUCGCAUGGAGCAGACCCAUUUACGAUGGUGGAGUCGAUAUCCAGGGAUAUGCUGUGGAGAUCUGCAAAGCUGAUGAGGAUGAAUGGACCCUAUGCACUCCACCAAUGGGAGUGAAUGCAACUACCUUCAAAAUCACCAAACUUACUGAGCAUCAAGAAUAUAAGGUGCAAGUAUGUGCCAUUAAUAAAUUGGGUAUUGGUGAACCUGCUGAAAUUCUAGGAACCGUAAAACCGGUAGAUGCCAUGUUUGCGCCAGAGAUAGAGCUGGAUUCAGAGCUAAGGAAAGGAGUCGUUGUGCGUGCUGGAGGAUCCAUGAGGAUCAAUAUUCCAUUCAAAGGACGUCCUACUCCAGAAAUAAGCUGGUCCAAGGAUGAGGGUGAAUUGACUAACAAAGUUCAAAUUGAGAAAGGUGCCAAUUUUACUCAACUGUCAGUAGAUAUCUGUGACAGAUAUGAUGCUGGAAAGUACACUCUGACCCUGGAAAACAGCAGUGGUUCCAAGUCCGCAUUUGUUUCUGUCAAAGUACUUGAUACACCAGGAGCACCCGUAAACUUCACAGUGAAAGAUAUUAAGAAAAACUCUGUCAACCUUGUUUGGGAGCCCCCACUCAUUGAUGGAGGCGCGAGGGUCAAGCAUUACUUUGUUGAGAAGCGUGAAUCCACCAGGAAAGCUUAUUCCAACAUUUCGAACAAGUGUACAAGGAACAGUUUCCAUGUGGGAGAUCUCAAUGAGGGGGUAAUUUAUUACUUCAGAAUUAUGGCUGAGAAUGAAUAUGGUGUAGGCCUGGCAGCAGAAACAGCUGAGCCAGUGAAGACAUCAGAAGUCCCUCUGCCUGUAGGAAAGGUCACGUUGACUGAGGUGACUAAGACAACUGCUUCGAUGGCAUGGGAAAAACCAGACCAUGACGGUGGAAGUAGAAUAAUGGGAUACUACAUAGAAAUGCUGCCUGCAGGAUCAGAGGAAUGGAUCCUAUCCACAACCACAAAGACAUGUGAGGGAACUGUAGAAGGCCUAACCGCAGGUCAAGAAUACCAGUUCAGAGUUUCAGCCUUUAAUGACAAAGGAAAGAGUGACACAAGGGUAUUAGCUGUGCCUGUCAUAGCUAAAGAUGUGACUAUUGAACCUAGUUUUGUAAUGGCAUUCAACACCUUUAGUGUCCAACAUAGUGAAGAUCUGAAGAUGGAAAUACCAGUGAGAGGAUGCCCAGCACCAAAAGUGGUAUGGACAAAAGAUGGACAGGCAAUCAAAGAGACAACCAGGUUGAAUGUUUCAAGAACAACAUCAUCCACAAUCCUUGCUAUAAAAGAGGCAACUAAAGUGGAUUCUGGCAAGUACAAAAUCACAGCUACCAACAGUGUAGGAGAAAAAGUUGCAGAAAUCGGAGUGAUCAUCCUCAAUAAACCUGGCCCAGUCACAGGGCCUAUAAAGAUUGAGGAAGUGAGUUCCAAUUAUGUAAACCUUGCAUGGGACCCGCCUGCGUACACAGGAGGAUGUCAAAUAAACAAUUACAUUGUGGAAAAGCGUGACACAACAACCGUAGCAUGGCACUGUGUGUCUGCAACCGUUGCAAGAACAACUAUCAAAGUUACCAAGCUGAAAACUGGUACUGAAUACCAGUUUAGGGUGUUUGCAGAAAACAGAUAUGGAAAGAGUCCGUCAUUGGACUCAGCAGCUGUUGUUGUGCAGUAUCCUUUCAGUGAACCUCUUGCACCUGGUACUCCAUUUGUGUCAUCAGUAACUAAGGACAACAUGGUUGUUGAAUGGAAAGUACCAACCAGUGAUGGAGGCAGUCCAAUCCUUGGUUACCACCUUGAACGCAAAGAGAAGAACAGCAUUCUCUGGACUAAGUUGAACAAACUGCUCAUUCCUGACUGUCGAUUCAAAACAAAUGAACUUGAAGAGGGCAUUGAAUAUGAAUUCAAGGUCUUUGCUGAGAACAUUGCUGGCAUGAGUCCACCUAGCAAGAUUUCUGAUGUUUGUGUUGCCAGAGACCCAUGUGAUCCUCCUGGUACCCCUGAGGCUAUUGAUAUUACCAGGAACCACGUUACACUGUCAUGGACAAGGCCUCAUUAUGAUGGUGGUAGCCUGAUCACAGGCUAUGUUGUUGAAAGGAAGAAGCUUCCUGAUGGCCGUUGGAUGAAGGCUAGCUUCACAAACGUAAUUGAGACUCAAUUUACAAUCUCAGGUCUGACUGAAGAAUGUGAGUAUGAAUUUAGAGUAAUUGCAAAGAAUGCUUCUGGUAUUUUCAGUACUCCAUCUGAAAGCACUGGAGCAAUUACUGCUAAAGAUGAAAUUGAAGCACCAACAGCAUCAAUGGAUCCCAAGUUCAAGGAUUCUAUUGUCGUCCAUGCUGGUGAAACAUUUGUUAUUGAAGCUGAUAUUUUGGGAAAACCACUCCCUGAAAUCACAUGGUUGAAAGAUGGAAAAGAAAUUGACCAAACUACCCCAAGAAUGGAGAUCAAAACCACCAUUCAACGCACUAUUCUAACAGUCAAGGAAUGUAUCAGAGUAGAUGGUGGACACUUUGUCCUGAGUCUUAGCAACGUUGGUGGGACAAAAUCUAUUCCCGUCAACGUGAAGGUUCUUGAUAGACCUGGUCCACCCGAAGGUCCAAUGAAGAUAACUGGCGUGACUGCAGAGAAAGCCUAUCUUCACUGGAGUCAUCCAUUGCAUGAUGGCGGUGCCAGCUGUUCUCAUUAUAUCAUUGAAAAGAGGGAAACCAGCAGACUGUCAUGGACUGUAGUUGAACCCAAAAUCCAAGCUAUCAGCUACAAAGUGACUAAACUCUUGCCUGGCAAUGAGUACAUCUUCAGAGUUACGGCAGUGAAUAAGUUUGGCAUUGGUGAACCUCUUGAAUCAGACCCAGUUAUUGCACGUAAUCCUUUCGUGACACCCAGCGCUCCCUCAACACCUGAAGCAAGUGCUAUUACAAGGGACUCAAUGGUCCUUACAUGGGAACGUCCAGAAGAUAAUGGUGGCUCAGACAUUGAUGGCUAUGUCCUGGAGAAAAGAGAUAAAGAUGGAGUUAGAUGGACCAAAUGCAACAAGAAAAGACUUAAUGACAUCAGGUUCAGAUGCACCGGACUCACCGAGGGACAUUCCUUUGAGUUCAGAGUAUCUGCUGAAAAUGCUGCUGGUGUGGGAGUGCCAAGUGCACCAACAGAAUACAUAAAAGCCUGUGAUGCCUCAUAUCCACCUGGUCCUCCUAACAACCCUAAGGUGACAGACCACUCAAGCACAACUGUGUCCCUCUCAUGGGCAAGACCCAUCUAUGACGGUGGAGCAGCCAUCAAAGGGUAUGUUGUUGAGAUGAGAGAAGAAGGGGGUGAUGAAUGGAUAACCUGUACACCAUCAACUGGUGUCCAAGCAACACACUUCACAGUGAAAAAACUGAGGGAAAAUGCAGAAUACUAUUUCCGCAUCUGUGCAAUUAACAUUGAAGGAGUUGGUGAGCAUGCUGAUGUUCCAGGGUCUGUAGUUGCAUCUGAAAGAAUUGAGGCCCCUGAGAUUGAACUUGAUUCAGACCUUAGGAAAAUGGUCCAAGUACGAGCAAGUGCAACACUGCGUUUGUUUGUCACAAUCAAAGGAAGACCUGAACCUGAAGUAAAGUGGUCCAAGAUGGACGGCCCUCUUACUGAGCGUGCCCAAAUUGAGGUCACAAGCUCCUACACAAUGCUUGUCAUCGACAAUGUCAACAGAUUUGACACUGGCAAGUAUGUGUUGACUCUUGAGAACCUUAGCGGUCAAAAAUCGGCAUUCAUUAAUGUCAGAGUGUUGGACUCACCAAGUGCCCCUGAGAACUUUGAAGUCAAGGACAUUAAGAGAGAUUCUGUAUCACUAUCCUGGGAGCCGCCUAUGAUUGACGGUGGAGCUAAAGUCACACAUUACAUUGUGGAAAAGAGAGAUACUACAAGACUGGCAUUUACAAGUGUUUCAAAUAACUGUGUAAGAAAUUCCAUGAAGAUUGAUGACCUUACAGAGGGUGGAAUUUACUAUUUCCGCGUCAAAGCUGUCAAUGAGCUUGGUGUGGGUUUGCCAGCAGAAACAACAGAACCAAUCAAGGUAUCCCAAGCCCCCUUGCCUCCAGGCAAAGUUACAGUUGUAGAUGUUUCUCGUGACAGUGUGUGUCUCGCAUGGGAAAAGCCUGAUCAUGAUGGUGGUAGUAAAAUCACAAGCUACACAGUAGAAAUGCAAACCAAGAGUGAUGAGAAAUGGACUGUAUGCACUGAGAUUAAAGCAUUGGAAGCAACUAUUGGUGGACUCACAACUGGAGAGGAAUAUGCAUUUAGGAUUACUGCUGUCAAUGAUAAAGGCAAGAGUGAACCUAAGCCACUGGCAGAUCCUGUCGUAGUAAAGGACAUUACAAUCAAACCUAUCAUCGAUCUGAUGUUCAACACAUACAGUGUCAAGGCAGGAGACGAUCUAAAGAUUGAUGUUCCAUUCAGAAGCAGACCUGAACCUGAGGUUGCAUGGAAAAAAGAUGGAGCUGUAUUGAAGCAGACAACCAGGGUGAAUGUUCUAGCAGCUAAGAAUUCAUCGAAAAUUACAAUCAAAGAUGCAACCAGGGAGGACUUCGGGAAGUAUGAGAUCACUUUAACCAAUGCAGUUGGCAAGACAUCAGCCACAAUAGCUGUUAUCAUCUUGGAUAAACCUGGCACACCAAGUGCAAUCAAAGUAGAUGAAGUAAGUGCUGACAAUAUUUCACUGUCUUGGGACGCUCCACUCUAUGAUGGAGGAUGUCAAAUCAACAACUAUGUUGUGGAGAAGCGAGAUACCACCACUACAACAUGGCAGAUUGUUUCAGCCACAGUUGCCAGAACAUCAAUUAAAGUUCCCCGCUUGACACAAGGCACUGAAUAUCAGUUCCGUAUUGCAGCUGAAAACCGCUACGGCAAGAGCCAUGCCGUGGACUCCGCGCCAAUUGUUGCACAGUACCCCUUCGAGACACCUGGCCUUCCCACUUCCCUCCAUGUUGCCCAUGCUACAAAGUCUGGCAUAUUGGUUGCAUGGGGUAAACCAGCCAGUGACGGUGGAAGUCCAGUCAUCGGUUAUCACCUGGAAAUGAAAGACCAUAGCAGUAUUCUCUGGACAAAGAUCAACAGAGGUCUCAUUGCUGAAACAGAAUUCAAAGUGAUUGGCAUUGAGGAAGGCUUGCUGUAUGAGUUCCGUGUUUAUGCUCAGAAUGUUGCUGGAAUUGGACCUUGCACCAAAGCAUCUGAGCCUGUAGCUGCAAGAGAUCCUUGUGAUCCACCUGUUAACCUUGAGGUCAUUGACAUCACAAGAACUUCAGUUUCCAUUACUUGGCAGGCGCCAGAGAAUGAUGGUGGAGCCAAGCUGACUGGCUACAUUGUUGAACACAGGGAGCUUCCAAAUGGGCGUUGGCUGAAAUGCAAUUUUGCCAAUCUCCAGGACACAUACUUUGACAUUACAGGCCUUACGGAGGACGUACAAUAUGACUUCCAUGUUAUUGCAAAGAAUGCAGCUGGAUUACUCAGUGAGCCAUCACUGGGCACAGGUGCCAUCACAGUCAAGGAUGAGGUGGAUUCACCUCGCAUUGAGUUGGAAGACAGGUUUAGGCAAUUAGUAGUUGUUAAAGCUGGAGAUAUUUUGAGAAUUGAUGCAGAUAUUUCUGGGCGCCCACGUCCAGUCAUUGCAUGGACAAAGGAUGGUAAAGAAAUUGAUGCCAAGGCAAGAGUGGAGAUUACUUCAACACACAGCACCACCACAUUGAUAGUCAGAGACACUAUCAGAAGGGACACUGGCCAGUACAUUGUAACUCUACAGAACGUUGCUGGUACAAGGUCCUUGCCUGUAAAUUGUAAGGUCCUUGACCGUCCUGGACCAUCCUCUGGACCAUUGGCAGUCACUGGUCUAACAGCAGAGAAGUGCACUUUGACCUGGGGACCACCUCAAGAAAAUGGUGGUGCAGAAAUCAUGCACUACAUCGUUGAGAAACGUGAAACCAGCCGUCUCGCCUGGACUUUAGUAUAUGGAGAUAUGAAGGCUACAACAUGUAAAGUCACUAAACUGCUUAAAGGAAAUGAAUACAUCUUCAGAGUAAGGGGAGUGAACAAAUAUGGAGACGGUGAAGCCCUAGAGAGUGAGCCCACCAGAGCCAAGAAUGCAUACACUGUCCCUGCAGCACCAACAUAUGUUGAAAUCACCAGUAUCACAAGUGAUGCAAUGACAAUCUGCUGGGAAAGACCUGAAUCCGAUGGAGGAAGUAGCAUUUAUGGCUAUGUUAUUGAGAAACGAGAGAAAAUUGGAUUGCGCUGGGUACGUGUGAACAAAAAGCCUGUGUAUGACCUCAGAGUCAAGGCAUCCAAUCUCCGUGAGGGUGCUGAAUAUGAGUACAGAGUUUAUGCAGAAAAUGCUGCAGGCUUGAGUCUCCCAAGUAUUCCUACCGAAUUAACAAAGGCGGAGGAUCCCCAAUUCCUGCCAUCUCCACCACCUAAACCGAAAGUUAUUGACUCAACUAAGACUACUGUUACUCUUUCAUGGAAUAAGCCAUUGUUCGAUGGUGGUGCUCCUGUGACUGGAUACUGUGUUGAAUAUAGGAGAACAGACGAAUAUGAUGAUGACUGGUGUGUCGGUGUUUCAAACACAAAAAACACUGAAUUCACCAUCGUUGGAUUAACUUCUGGAGCAGAAUAUCUGUUUGUGGUCAAAUCUAUCAACAAGAUUGGUCUCAGUGAGCCAAGCCCCCCUACGGAUCCACAGGUGGCUAAAGAGAGAGAAGAGGAACCAGUAUUUGAUAUCAGUAAUGAAAUGCGAAAGACAAUCAUUGUAAAGGAUGGCAGUUCAUUCACCCUAACUGUGCCAUUCAGGGGCAAGCCUGUCCCUAAUGUUAUGUGGACCAAGGCUGCUGUUGAUCUGAGAGUGAGGGCCAGUAUUGAUACCACUGACACAUUCACGUCUAUCACAGUGGAACAAGCAACAAGAGAUGACUCUGGAAAAUAUAUUGUGACUCUCCAAAAUAUAGCUGGAAAAGUUGCAUGCACAUUAAAUGUCAGGGUUCUUGACUCUCCUGGGCCACCAUCUCAUGUUGGGGUCAAGGAUGUCACGAAGACAUCUGCAACAGUUACAUGGGAUACUCCAGAUAAUGAAGGCGGUGCUGCUGUAAAGAACUACCUUGUUGAUAUUCGUGAGGCAAGCAAAAAGGGAUGGACCAGACUCACAGAUACCUGCCCUCGUCUGACCUACAAAGUGACAGACCUGGUGGAGGGAGGAGUGUACUACUUCAGAGUCUCUGGUGAAAAUGAAUAUGGAGUUGGCGUAUCAGCUGAGACCAAAGAUGGAGCAAAGAUUACAGAAAAACCCAGUCCACCAGCAUCACUUGGAGUCAGCGAUAUAACCAAGGAAAGUGUUUCACUUGCAUGGGGCAAGCCUGAGCAAGACGGAGGUAGCAGAAUCACCAGUUACCAAAUUGAUGCUCUUGAGAAGGGUCAGGAUAAAUGGGUGAAAGUUGGUGUCACCAAGUUCACCCACUUGGUGGUCUAUGGCCUGACGCAAAAUGCUGAAUACUUCUUCAGAGUUCGUGCUGAAAACCAUGCUGGAUUCAGCGACGCUAAAGACAUGAUUCUGCCUGUAACAGUUAAAGACCAGCAUGACCCUCCUGAGAUCAACAUGAAGAAGUUCCCUCACAAUACAGUCUACGUCAGAGCAGGAUCAAACCUGAAAUGUGAGAUCCCACUUACUGGUAGACCAAUGCCAAAGAUUUCUCUUUCAAAGGACGAUGUUGCACUGAAGUCAACUACGAGAUUCAACUCUGAAGUAACCCCUGAAUACCUCAUCAUUACUCUCCGUGAGAGCAUUGCUAUUGAUUCAGGAAGGUAUGACAUCUGUGCCUCCAACACAAGUGGAACCACCAAGUCUUUCGUUAACAUUGUGGUCCUGGAUAGACCAAGCGCCCCAGUUGGUCCUAUUGAAAUGACUGAUGUGACAGAGGACAGUGUGAGUCUGAAGUGGUCUCCUCCUCGUUAUGACGGUGGAAGCGUCAUUUCAAAUUACAUAAUCCUCAAACGUGAAACAACCAACGCCAACUGGACUGAGGUCUCCUCGGCUGUCGCAAGAUGCACCAUGAAAAUCAUGAAGCUUACAACAGGACUGGUGUACCAGUUUAGAAUCAGGGCUGAGAAUCGCUACGGCAUCAGUGAGCACAUCGACUCUCCAACCGUCAGAGUGGAUCUGCCCUACACCAUCCCUGUAGCUCCAUCAGCUCCUAUGGUUACAUCUGUAACCAGAGAGAGCAUCACUGUAGCCUGGAAGGAGCCAGCCUCCAAUGGAGGAAGCCAUGUUUUUGGAUACCACCUCGAGAUAAAGGAUAGAAACAGCAUCUGUUGGCAGAAGGUUAACAAGACUGUGAUCCGUGCCACACACUACAAGGUGCCAAACAUUGCUGCCGGCCUCAUCUAUGAGUUCAGGAUCGUUGCAGAAAACGCAGCUGGAUGCAGUCCACUCAGCAAGAUCUCAGACGCAGUACUUGCAAUUGAUGCUUGCGAGGCUCCAACCAAUGUCAGGAUCACUGACAUUACAAAGACUUCCAUCAGCAUCGCAUGGCAGAAGCCCAAUUAUGAUGGUGGUAGCAAGAUCACAGGAUACCUGAUUGAGAAGAAAGAAGGCGAGAAAGACAGAUGGACGAAGGCCAACUUGACCAACGUUUCCGAAACACAUUAUACUGUGACAGGACUUACUCAGGAUGAGACCUAUGAAUUCAGAGUCAUGGCAAAGAAUGCAGUUGGAUCAGUUAGCAAUCCAUCCAUCAUUGCAGGCCCUGCAACUUGCGUGGAUACAUAUGGUGCCCCUGAGAUUGAAAUUCCUGAUGAAUAUCGCGAGGUUGUGAAACACAAAGCUGGAACCACUGUCGAGCUUAGAUUUGGAAUCAUUGCCAAACCAGCGCCUACAAUUGAGUGGUACAAGGACGGAAAGGAACUUGACCCCAGGGCCCAGGCUCAGCUGGUACAGAACAACGCUGCUGAUAGUUCAACUCUUAUCAUCAGAGAUACCACACGUCUCAACUCUGGAACAUAUGAGAUGAGACUGAAGAACUCUUUGGGCUCAGCAUAUGCCUACGUCAGAGUACAAAUUCUGGAUAAACCUGGACCACCACCUGGCGAGAUUCAGCUCAAGAAGGUCACUGCUAACAGUAUCACCAUCAUGUGGGAUCCUCCUGAGGAUGAGGGUGGUGCUAUGGUCACCCACUACAUUGUGGAGAAACGGGAGGCCAGCAGAAUUCAAUGGUCCAUUAUCUCUGAGAAUUGGGCGGAAUGUAUCGUGAAUGUCCCAAGACUGAUCAAAGGCAAUGAGUACAUCUUCCGUGUCCGGGGAGUUAACAAAUAUGGAGUUGGAGACCCACUGGAAUCUGAACCCGUAGAGGCAAAGAAUGCAUUUGUUCCUCCAAGUCAACCUUCCAAACCUCAAGUCACCAUGAUCACACACUCUUCAAUGACGGUGGUAUGGGAAAGACCUGGAAUUGAUGGCGGAAGUGACAUAAAUGGAUAUUACCUGGAAAAACGAGAGAAGACAAGCUUGCGUUGGUUCAAGGUUAUCAAAGACACCAUUCGUGACACAAGACAGAAAGUCAGCAACCUGCUCACUGGAAAGGACUAUCAGUAUCGUGUAUGUGCCGUUAACAAGGCUGGAGCUGGUCCGUACUCCAAAGAGUCUGACCUCUUCAAAGCUGCUGACGCAGUUGACAUAGCAGGUGAACCAACCAAACUCAGAGUAGUCGACUCCACCAAAACAUCCAUCACCCUGGGCUGGGUGGCACCAGUGUAUGAUGGUGGCAGCGAGAUUACCAGCUACAUUGUUGAGCAGAUGAACUCUGAAGAAAGGGAAUGGGUUGUCAUCAGCCACAAUGGAGAAGUGAGGACAACAGAGUAUGUUGUGAAUCACCUGAAACCAGGAACCUAUUACUUCUUCCGUGUAUCUGCAGUCAACUGUCUGGGACCCAGUCAACCAAUCGAGAUGUACCAGCCUGUUCAAUCCAAGGAUAUUCUUGAGGAAGCCGAUCUCAAUUUGGAUGUUCCCAUGACAACUCAAUACACUGCCAAGGCAGGAAGGGAUAUUGAGGUGUUUAUUCCACUGAAGGGCAGACCUGCACCAAACUGUACAUGGAGAAGACAUGACAAGAACAUGGCCAGCGAUGCAAGAUACACUAUCACCAGCACAGAACGUACAACAGUUCUUGUCAUUCCAAAGGUCACCCGCGACGACUGCGGCAAAUACUACCUGGAGAUUGAGAAUGGUGUUGGAGAGUCCAAGUUCAUCACUGUGUCUGUCAAGGUUCUUGACACCCCAUCCACUUGCCAGAAACUGAUCAUCAAGAAUGUUACCAGAGGCAAGUUGACCCUGAGCUGGGAUGCUCCUCUAAUCGAUGGUGGUUCCCCAAUCACCAACUACAUUGUGGAGAAGAAAGACGCUAACAAUAGAGCGUAUACAGUCGUGUCAUCAGAAUGCCCCAACACAUCAUACAAGAUCGACGGUCUGUCGGAUGAAAUCGCCUACUUCUUUAGAGUGUCUGCUGAGAAUGAGCAUGGUACUGGUGAUACAUGUGAGACUGCAGAGCCAGUCAGGGCCACUGAGACCCCCGGACCAGUCAAAGAGCUGGUCGUGACAGACGCUACUAAGACAUCAGUGACUCUUCACUGGAACAAGCCCGACCAUGAUGGUGGUAGCUACAUUUCAGACUAUGUCAUUGAGACAAAAACUAAAGAGGAAGAAACCUGGACUGUUGCUACAACAUGCAAACGUUGCACAUGUGAAGUUAAAAACCUGAAGGAAAACUCUGUUGUAGACUUUAGAGUGUUUUCUAAGAAUGAGAAUGGCAACAGCGACUUCUCUCAGAUUGGGCCCAUAACAGUAAAGGAGUUUAUUAUUCCACCUGAGGCCAACAUGAUAGAUUAUCCAAAUGGCGAACUCUUUGUUCGCGUCGGUCAAAACAUCCAUAUUGAGUUGCCAUUUAAGGGUAAACCAAAACCAUCCGUUGGAUGGAUGAAGGAAAACAUUCCCUUGAAAGAAAGUGAACAGAUUCGCUUCCGUGAAACAGACAACAAAGUGUCUAUAACAGUCAGAAGUGCAAAGAAAGAGAAUGCAGGCCUAUACACAUUGAUUCUGGACAACAAGCUUAUCAAGAACUUCUUUGAUAUCAAUGUGAUCACUCUCGGACCCCCCUCUGUGCCAGUUGGACCGGUCCGAUUUGAUGAGAUCAAAGCACAGGGCAUCAUUAUAUCUUGGGAUGAACCACAGGACAAUGGAGGUGGAGACAUCACUUGCUACAGUGUGGAGAAACGAGAGACGGCCCAGGCUAACUGGAAAAUGGUUUGCUCUAGUGUGGUGAGGACAACGUUCAAGAUACCCAAUCUUGUCAAGGGCACAGAGUACCAGUUUAGAGUGCGUGCAGAGAACAAAUAUGGAGUGAGCAAUCCUUUGAAUUCACCAGACGUGAUCGCCCAACACCAGUACAUGCCACCAGGUGCACCAGGAAAACCAGUCACAUACAACAUUACCAGUGAUGGCAUGACUAUCCAAUGGGAAGCACCCAGCUUUGAUGGUGGCUCACCAAUCACUGGCUACCAUGUUGAAAAGAAGGACAGAAACAGCCUUCUGUGGACCAAGGUCAAUUCCAGCAUAAUAUCUGCCCGUGACUACAGAAUCAUUCAGCUGAUUGAAGGACUGGAGUAUUCCUUCAGAGUCUAUGCAGAGAAUAAUGCUGGCCUGAGUCCUGUCAGUGAACAGAGCAAACAUGCCCUUGCAAUCUCCCCAGUUGAUCCACCUGGUACUCCUAACGUCAUUGAUGUCACACGAGACACCGUCACACUUAAAUGGGAUACACCCAAGAAAGAUGGAGGCUUUAAGAUUGUGGCGUACAGUGUGGAGCGACGCCAAGGCAGAGGCAAAUGGUUAAGAUGCAACUUCACAGACAUUAGUGAUUUGCAAUUCACUAUCACCGGACUUUCUGCUGGUGAUCGCUAUGAAUUCAGAGUGAUUGCCAGAAAUGCUGUCGGCACAGUCAGUCCACCCUCGCAGUCUUCUGGCUAUGUCAUGACUAAAGAUGAAAGUGUUUCUCCCGACAUUGAGUUCAGUGCUGAUACUGCUCUUGUGUACAAGGCUGGUGAAAACAUCAAACUGAACUGCAGUAUCACUGGACGACCAGUGCCUCAGGUCAUAUGGUACAAGAACGGUAAAGAGGUCGACAAGAAGAUGUUGAUUGAUAUCACAACUAACAUCGGCUCCAGCAGCCUUUUCAUCAGAGAUGCUGAUCGCGACCACCGCGGAGUGUACAUGGUGGAAGCCAAGAACAGCUCUGGAACAAAGACAGAGAGUGUCAACAUCAGAGUCUCAGAUACCCCUGGACCACCUGAGGGACCAGUGCGUUUCACUGGUAUCACUACAGAAAAGGCAACUGUCUGGUGGAACCCGCCAGAGAACGAUGGAUGUGCCGCAAUCCUCUAUUAUACGGUGGAGAAGAGAGAAACAUCUAGGAUCUCCUGGGCAAUGGUGACAAGCAAGUGUGAAGCUUGUUCAUUCAACGCCACCAAGCUGAUCAAGGGAAACGAGUACCAGUUCCGUAUCUCUGCUGUCAACAAGUUCGGAGUUGGACGUCCACUUGACUCUGAUUCAUUCAUUGCACAGAUGCAAUUCACCGUUCCAGAAGCCCCAGGAACACCAGACGCCACAAAUGUGACUGGAGACACCAUCACAAUAGGCUGGACAAGACCCAGAUCUGAUGGUGGAAAUGAGAUCAAGCACUACAUCCUGGAGAGACGUGAGAAGAAGAGUUUGCAAUGGGUGAAGGUUUCAUCCAAAAGACCAAUCACUGAGCUCAGACACAGAGUGACACACCUGACCGAAGGUAAUGAAUAUGAAUUCCGUGUCAUGGCUGAAAAUGGUGCCGGAAUCGGACCAGCAAGCAGCACAUCAAGACUCUUCAAGUGCAAAGAGCCAACAAGCGCACCAAGUGCUCCUUCACUGGUGAAGGUUACCGACUCCACAAAGUCAUCUGUCACCCUGGAAUGGAUCAAGCCUGUGUUCGAUGGUGGAAUGGAGAUAAUUGGCUAUAUCAUUGAGAUGUGCAAGGCAAGCCUUAAUGAAUGGCACCAAGUCAAUAGAACAACUUGCAUCAACACCACAUACACCGCUAAAGGUUUAAUGGCUGGUGAGGAAUAUAGGUUCCGUGUGCGUGCAGUGAAUGGGUCUGGAAAAGGAGAAGCAUGUGCAGUUCCUAAUCCAGUGCAAGCUGUUGAUAGACUGACGUCACCAGAAAUCACCCUUGAUGCAGACUUCAAACAGACACACGUUGUGAAGAACGGUGCCACUGUCACUCUUCAUAUUGCCUUCUGUGGUAAACCAGCUCCGCUGGCUACAUGGACCAAGGCAAGUGGAGAACUUGGUGUUAUGACAGAUGUCAACACAACGGACACAUACAGUACCUUGACCAUUGAGAGCUGUACCAGAUAUGACUCAGGGAAAUAUACCUUAUCUCUUGAGAACAACGGUGGCCGUAAAUCUAUCACAUUUACCGUGAAGGUGCUUGAUACACCUGGACCUCCAGGAGCUAUCAGCUUCAAGGAUGUGACCAGAGGAGCUCUGACAAUGCUGUGGGACGCUCCAGCCAACGACGGGGGAGCCCGUAUUCAGCACUACAUCGUAGAAAAGCGUGAGGCUAGUCGUCUCAGCUGGAAGUCAGUCAGCGAAAAAUCCUCACGUCAAAUGAUCAGAAUGACCAACCUAGGCAUAGGUGUGCCUUACCUGUUCAGAGUCAUCGCUGAAAAUAUGUAUGGCAGGGGAGAACCCUGUGAGAUGACUGAACCAAUUACUGCAACUGAGGUGCCUGCUCCACCCAAGAGUCUUGACGUCAUUGACACUACUAAUUCCACUGCUAUCUUGGCCUGGCUGAAACCUGAACACGACGGUGGCAGCCGCAUCACAGGUUACAUUGCUGAAGCCAAAGCAAAGGACUCUGAUCGCUGGAUUGUUGGCGGUCAAACCAAACUCCUGAAGUUAGUCAUUGAGGGCUUGAUUGAGAACACAGAAUAUGACUUCCGCGUCAAGGCUAUCAAUGAGGCUGGUAUCAGUGUCCCAAGAGAUGCCUUAGCAUCCGUUGUCAUCAAGGAGCCUAAGAUUGAGCCCACAGCAGAUCUCAGUGGCAUAACCAACCAGCUCAUCACAUGCAAGACUCACGAUGCAUUCACCAUUGAUAUCCCCAUCAGUGGCAGACCAGCUCCAAAGGCCACCUGGAAACUGGAGGAGAUGAAGCUAAAAGAGACUGAUAGAGUGAUCAUCAAGACUACCACAGAAAAGACCACCCUGGUGGUAAAAGACAGCAAGAGAGCAGACAGUGGAAAAUACUACCUCACUCUGGACAAUGCCGCCGGAGCAAAGACAUUUGCUGUUACUGUCAACGUUGUUGGAAGACCCACUCCACCAGUAGGACCCAUUGGAAUCUCUGCAGUGUCAUCAGACGGCUGUUCAUUGGCUUGGACAGCACCAGAGGAUGACGGUGGAACGGAUAUAGACAACUACAUCAUUGAGAAACGUGAAUCUGGAUCUACAUCCUGGCAAGUGGUGAACUCAAGUUGUAAACGCACCACGAUCAAAGUCAGCCAUCUGACCAAAUACAUGGAGUACACCUUCCGUGUCUCUGCUGAGAGCAAGUAUGGCGUGAGCAAGUCCAUUGAAUCCUCAGCUGUUGUCAUUGAGCAUCCAUUCGUUCCACCAAGUCCACCAACCCGCCCAGAUGUGGUGACAGUAUCUGCUACUGCUAUUGGGAUCAAGUGGGAUCUGCCAUACGCUGAUGGCGGCAGCAAGGUGACUGGAUACUGGAUAGAGAAGAAGGAGAGAAACACCAUUCUUUGGGUCAGGGAGAAUAAGCUCCCAUGCCUGGAUACCCAAUUCAAAGUCUCCAGUCUCAUUGAGGGCCUGGAGUACCAGUUCAGAGUUUAUGCAAUGAAUAUUUCUGGUCUCAGCAAAGCCAGUGAGGCCUCAAGACCAGUAGUGGCUUUGAACCCAGUUGAUCCUCCUGGUAAACCAGAGGUGACUGAUGUCACAAGGUCCUCAGCUACUAUUGCAUGGGGUAUACCAUUCAAUGAUGGUGGCAGCAAGAUUGUCGGAUACGUCGUGGAGCGCAAGCCAUGGAGUGAUGAUGAGUGGGAUGAUGCCCACUGGUUGAAGUGUAACUACACCACCAUCACGGAGACUCACUUCACAGUCAGGGGACUGGGUGAAGGAGAAAUCUUUGAAUUCCGUGUCAUUGCCAGAAAUGGAGCCGGAGUUCACAGUGCACCAUCUGAAACAACAGGACCGAUCACCUGCAAGGAUGAAUACACUCCUCCCAAAGCUGAACUUGACAGCUCUCUUGUUGGAGAGCACGUCACUGUCCGGGCUGGGUCAGACCUGGUCCUUGAUGGUGUAGUUGGUGGUAAACCCGAACCCAUAGUAUGGUGGGCCAAGGGUGACAAGGUCCUGGAGCUGGGAGAGAAAUACUCCCUGACAUACACCAGUUCAAGAGCCAUGGCCAUCAUCAAGUCCUGCAACAGAAAUGACACUGGAAGAUAUGUUCUGACCGCGAAGAACGCCAGUGGAACGAAGACAGUGGCUGUCAAUGUUAAAGUACUCGAUACACCAGGGCCUCCUGAGGACAAGAUCACAAUCACCAGGGUGACAGAGGAGAAGUGCACUGUGUCUUGGAAGAUCCCUCUGGAGGACGGUGGAGAUCUGGUCACUCAUUACAUUGUUGAUAGGCGUGAGACCAGCAGACUCAACUGGGUGAUCAUGGAGACAGAGUGCAAGACUCUGUCUUGUGUCAGCUCCAAACUGAUCAAGAACAACGAGUACGUCUUCCGUGUCAGAGGAGUCAACAAGUUCGGACCUGGUGUGCCCUUGGAGUCCGAGCCUGUCAUCGCCAGAAACGCAUACACUAUCCCAUCACAACCUGGAGCACCAGAGGUCACAGCUGUAGGAAAAGAGCACGUCAUCAUUGAAUGGAUGAAACCUGAGAGUGAUGGUGGAAGUGAGAUCAAGAAUUACCUAGUGGACAAACGUGAGAAGAGCAGCUCCAGAUGGACCAGGGUCAAUAAGACCUUUACCAUCUACGACAUCCGCCUGAAGAUCUCUGGUCUGCUGGAAGGCAGUGAUUACCAGUUCCGUGUUACAGCCGUGAACACAGCUGGAAACAGCCAGCCCAGUGAAGCCUCUCAGUAUGCCUACUGUAGAGAGCCAACAUACACUCCAGCCCCUCCUUCAAUUCCACGUGUGGUAGAUUCCACCAAGCAUAGCAUUAGCUUGCAAUGGACCAGACCAAUGUAUGAUGGUGGUGCUGAUGUUGUUGGCUACGUGGUGGAGGUGCUUGAGGAAGGAACCGAGCAGUGGUACAGGGCCACUCAGAAGACUCUGAAGACCAAUUUGUUUGUUGCCGCUGGACUUCAAAGCAACAAGAAGUACAGCUUCCGCGUCGCAGGAGUCAAUAGUAAUGGCACUGGGGAAUUCAGCGAACCAAGUGUGGAAAUUGAGCCGGUUGAGAAACUUUCAAUCCCUGAUCUUGAUCUUCCUGAUGAUCUGAAGAAGACUGUGUGUCUGAGAGCUGGUAACACUCUGAGGCUGUUUGUCAAUGUGACUGGAAGACCUGCACCAGUAUUGACCUGGAGGAAACCUGGCAUUGACCUGCAGAGCCGUGGGUUCAUUGAUACAACUGACAGUUACACUCAACUGAUUGUUGAGAAGGUUCAUCGUUACGAUUCUGGCAAAUACACCAUUGAGGCUGAAAAUCCAUCUGGCAAGAAAUCAGCAACCAUUCUCGUCAAAGUUUAUGACACUCCUGGACCACCCGGUUCAGUUAGAGUCAAAGACUACACAAGGGAGUCUGUCGUCAUCACAUGGGAUGUACCAAGUAUUGAUGGUGGAGCCCCUGUGAACAACUACAUCAUUGAGAAACGUGAAGCUUCAAUGAAAUCCUACAAGACCGUUACAACAGAAUGCAGGAAGACCUUGUUCAGAAUCACUGGCCUGGAGGAAUCAGUACACUACUUCUUCAGAGUGUUACCAGAGAACAUAUAUGGUGUUGGAGAACCAUGUGAAAUCCCUGAAUCAGUGUUGAUCUGUGAAGUUCCCAGCCUUCCUCAGGAUCUGCACAUUGUGGAUAUCGGCAAGACCUCAGCAAUCCUGAACUGGGAAAGACCUCUUCACGAUGGUGGAAGCAGACUGACGGGCUACGUCAUUGAAGCUAACAUCGUUGGAUCAGACAGAUGGAGUGCAGUGGCCACCGUUAAACAGUCCAUGUCCCAGCACACCGUCACUGGUCUGACAGAGAAGGAGACUUAUCUCUUCAGAAUCAGAGCUACAAACAGCAGAGGAGUCAGCGAGCCUAGGGAGAUUACAGGACCUGUGGUCAUUCAGGAACAACUACUGGCACCCUAUAUUGAUCUGACCGGCAUUCCACAGAAGAUUGUCCAUGUGCCAGCCGGUAAACCAAUCAACAUCAAUAUUCCUAUAAAAGCCCAACCUACUCCAGUUUGCAGCUGGUCCUUCAAUGGUACAAAGAUGAAGGAUAGUCUUGACCGGGUUAAGAUUGAGUCUAAUGGAAAAUACACCAAACUGACUGUGCGUGAGACAACCAUUGAUGACACCGGUAGCUACACUCUUCAAGUGAAGAAUUCCAUAGGAACUGCAACAGAGAUACUCAAAGUUAUCAUUCUUGAUAAACCUGGAAUACCCAUUGGACCAAUCACAGUUGAUGCUGUUGAUGCCACAUCGGUAACGGUCAGCUGGGAACCACCAGAGAAGGAUGGCGGUGCCAACGUCAGUGGCUAUGUUGUUGAGCAGCGUGACGCUCACCGCCCCGGAUGGCUACCAGUGUCCGAAUCUGUCACCAGACCCACAUUCAAGUUCACCAGAUUGUCUGAGGGAACUGAGUAUGUGUUCCGUGUGGCUGCAACCAACCGCUUCGGCAUUGGAGGAUUCUUGCAGUCUGAAGUUGUUGAAUGCAAGAGUCUCAAGACCGUACCCAGUGCACCAAACAGACCUGAUGUACUGGAUGUGACUCAUGAAGGAAUGACCAUCACAUGGCAGUCACCAGAAGAAGAUGGAGGGUCCCAGGUGUCUGGAUACAUAAUUGAGCGCAAAGAGGUCAGAUCUGAAAGGUGGAUGAGCAUCGUUAAGAACCCAGUCACCAUGACCAGAUACAGAUCAUCUGGUCUGUGCGAAGGCAAUGAGUAUGAGUUCCGCGUGAUCGCCCUGAACUCAAGAGGCUCGAGCAAACCCAGUAUGGCAUCUAAACCAGCUAUCGCCAUGGAUCCCAUUGAGCCUCCUAGCACACCACAGUUCCCCAUGGUUACAGACACCACCAGAACUUCGGUGUCUCUGGCUUGGAGUCCUCCUGAGGAAGAGGGUGGUUCCGUCGUCACUGGUUACCUGAUUGAGAUGCAGAAGGUGGACCAGGUGGAAUGGACCAUGUGCAACACGACACCCAUAAAAAUCUGUGAAUACACUCUGACACACAUGCCUCAGGGAGCUGAGUACAAGUUCCGUGUGAUGGCCUGCAACGCUGGUGGACCCGGAGAGCCAGUCGAGAUCCCAGGAAUCGUCAAGGUUAUAGAAAUGCUCGACUAUCCUGACUACGAACUGGACCCCAAAUACGAGGAAGGCUAUGUGGUCAGACAAGGAGGAGUCAUCAGGCUGUCUGUGCCAAUCAAGGGUAAACCAGUCCCUAUCUGCAAGUGGACAAAGGAAGGCCGAGAUGUCUCUCACCGAGCUAUGAUCGCCACCAAUGAUGAUAUCACUGAACUUGUGAUCAAAGAAGCCCACAGAGACGACACCGGAACAUAUGACCUGGUGCUAGAGAAUAAAUGUGGCAGAAAGGCUGUCUACAUCAAUGUUAAAGUGAUUGGACGUCCAGACGCACCGGAAGGUCCCCUUGAGUUUGAUGAUAUCCAGGCUCGCUCCGUACGAGUCAGCUGGAGACCUCCCUCUCAAGACGGUGGCUCUGAUAUCCUGGGUUACAUCGUUGAACGGCGUGAGGUAUCAAAGGUAGCAUGGUACACUGUGGACUCAAGAGUGGUGGACACAGCUCUGGUGGUCAAGGGACUGAAGGAGAAUGUUGAAUACCACUUCAAGAUCACUGCUGAAAACCAAUUUGGUGUGAGCAGAUCUCUCAAAUCAGAUGAAUGUGUCACUCCGAAGACACCCCUGUCUCCUCCAGAACCUCCAAUCAACCCACCAGAAGUUAUGGAUGUCACAAAGAGCACUGUUGCUCUCUCUUGGGGCAGACCAAAGGAUGAUGGUGGCGCCCGCAUUUCAGGAUAUUACGUUGAGAGGAGAGAGGUGUCCACAGAGAAGUGGGUGCGUCACAACAAGACACACAUCACCACUACAAUGUACAGUCUCACUGGACUCAUCCCUGAUGCUGAAUACCUGUUCCGUGUCGUGGCACAAAACGACAUUGGUCAGAGUGAACCUGGACCAGUAUCUGAAAAUGUUAUAUGCAAAGAUCCAUUUGACAAACCCGGUCAACCAGGUGAGAUUGAUAUCAUCUCCGUUGCCAAAGACUUUAUCACUAUUCACUGGCUGCGGCCAGAAUGUGAUGGUGGCAAAGAGAUCCUGGGUUACUGGAUUGAAUUUAGACAGGCAGGAGAAAGUGCCUGGAAGAAAUGCAACAAGGAGCGUUCCAAGGACAGACAGUUCACCAUGGGUGGUCUGAUGGAGGCUACAGAGUACGAGUUCAGAAUCCUUGCAGAAAAUGAAACCGGAAUGAGUAGACCUCGCAGGACUGCCAUGGGCAUCAAGACUAAACUGAGCUUGGGAGAGGCUCCUAGUCUCAAGGAAGACAUGGCAGAUGUCAUUGCAAAACUUGGUGAAUCAGGAACUCUGACAUGUCAGAUUAUUGGACGUCCCCUUCCUGAAAUCAGAUGGUACAGAUAUGGCAAGGAGCUGAUCCAGAGCCGCAAGUACAAGAUGAGUUCUGAUGGUCGCAACCAUUCACUGACUGUGGCCACAGAUGAACAGGAAGAUGAGGGCAUGUACACUUGCAGAGCAGUCAAUGAAGCCGGUGAAACAGAGUCCAGCGGCAAGCUGCGCUUGCAGGCCACACCUGCUUUCCACCCUGGAUUCCCAUUGAAGGAGAAAUACACUGCAGGGUGUGGAACAAGUCUUCGUCUCCAUGUUGUCUACAUUGGCCGUCCAAUUCCUCAAAUCAUGUGGUUCUAUGCAAAGAAGCCUCUCAACGCUUCUGAAAAUGUGAUCAUUGAAAACACUGAGAGUUACACUCAUCUGGUUAUAAGGAAUGUACAGCGCAAGACAAACGCUGGAAAAUACAAGGUGCAAUUGACCAACAAAUUUGGAACUGUUGAAACCAUACUCAAGGUUGAAAUUCAAGAUAAACCAACCAAACCCGAGGGGCCUAUUGUUGUUGAUGCUGUGUUGAAGAGUGCAGUGAUCAUCAGCUGGAAACCACCGAAGGAUGACGGUGGAUCAAUGAUCACCAAUUACAUUGUGGAGAAAAGAGAAGCAAAGGAAGGCGAGCAGUGGCAACUUGUGUCAUCGUCAGUCUCAGGAAACACUUGCAGGAUUCCAAAUCUGAUUGAAAAUGCUGGAUACUACUUCCGUGUUUCUGCUCAGAACCAAUAUGGAGUCAGUGAGGCACUUGAGGUUCCAAGUGUUCUCAUUAUCAAGAGUCCAUUCGAAAAACCUGGAAUUCCCAUGCAGCCUGUUGUCACAGAAGUGACCAAGGAUUCUUGUCUUGUGUUCUGGAAACCACCAAAAGACGAUGGAGGUGCAAAGAUAAAUAACUAUUUCCUGGAUAAACGAGAGAAGAAACAGAACAAAUGGAUCGCUUGUACAUCCAAUGAAAUCCACGAGACACAUUUCUCUGUAAAAGGCCUUCUUGAGGGCUUUGAGUAUGAGUUCCGUGUGAAAUGUGAAAACAUGGGUGGUGAGAGUGGUUGGAGUGAGGUGUCAGAGGCCGUCAUUCCCAAAUCAGGUCUCACAAUGAAACCUCCUGUCUUCAGAGAAGAAAUGAGACCAGACAUGAUUGUGAAGUUUAAGUCCAAUGCUACAUUUGUCACCAAAAUUGUUGGACAUCCCAUCCCUGCCGUGAAAUGGUACAAGAAUGGCAAGGAAAUUGUUUCAGAUGGAAUCAAAAUCAAAUUGCAAGAAUUCAAGGGAGGCUAUUACCAACUUAUUAUUGCUAAUGCUGAGGACAGUGACACAGGUGUCUAUCAAGUCAGGGCAACAAACCAAGGAGGAUCUAUCUCUACAACAGUGAAUCUGACUGUUGAAGUUCCUGCCAAGAUCCACCUACCUCUAGAACUGCAAGGCAUGGGGGCAGUCCAUGCUGUCAAGGGUGAAGUGGUUACCAUUAAGAUUCCAAUCAGUGGCAAACCCGACCCUCAAAUCCAAUGGCAGAAGGGACCAGAGAUCAUGGGAUCAUCUGCCCACACUCAAGUGAUUGUCACAAGAUCAUUUACUUCACUCGUCUUUCCUAAAGGAGUUCAGAAGAAGGAUACAGGUUACUAUGUAAUCACUGCCAAGAACCGAUUCGGAGCUGACAAACAGACCAUUGAAGUUGCCGUGGCAGAUGUACCAGAUCCUCCUAAGGGCAUUAAAGUCAGUGAAAUCACUAGAGAUUCCAUCACUCUAACCUGGAGUCCUCCUGAAAAAGAUGGCGGAAGCCCUAUCGUCAACUACAUUAUCCAGAAGUGCCCCACAUCGGGUGACAGGUGGAUCCGCGCUGGUAAAACCAACGAGCCUAAAUACACCAUGAUCGCUCUGUUUGGCAAGACAAAGUACCAGUUCCGUGUCAUUGCGGAGAACCAGUUUGGUCUAAGCGAUCAUUCUGAACCAACUGAGCCUGUUACAACAAUAGAGGAUAAAUCUGUUAUCAGAAACUACGAUGAAGAAGUUGAUGAAGCUAGAGAAAUCACCAAAGAAGAGGCUCCACAUUCAUCAAAAAUCAAGAUGGUGGCUGCCCAGUACACAAUAUCUGAAGAGCUGGCACGUGCCGGAACAUUUGGCGUUGUUCAUCGCUGUGUUGAAAACAAGUCCAAGAAGACAUUCAUGGCCAAGUUUAUCAAGAUUAAAGGUACUGAUCAGGAGCUGGUUGCUAGGGAAAUUGAGACACUCAAUCUUGCUAAACACAAAAACUUCAUGUACCUACACGAGUCCUUUGACAGUUUGGAAGAAAUGGUCUUGAUCUACGAGUUUAUCUCAGGCGUGGACAUCUUUGAACGACUUGGCACAGGCAACUUUGAGCUCUCAGAACUGGAGAUUGUUAGGUACCUGAGACAGGUGUGCUCAGCUCUGAAGUUCUUGCACAAACUCAACUAUGCUCAUUUUGAAAUCAAACCUGACAACAUUGUCUACACCACAAGAAAGAGCACAAACAUCAAAAUUAUUGAAACGGGCCAGGCUAGAUUACUGACUCCUGGAGAAAAUAUCAGAAUCAAUUUCACUGCACCAGAGUACUGUGCACCUGAAGUCCACUGCCAUGGUCUUGUCAGCACUGCAACUGACAUGUGGUCAGUUGGUGUGCUAACCUAUGUGCUCCUCAGUGGACUUAAUCCCUUUGCAGCAGAAUCAACCACAAAAAUGAUUGAAAAUAUCUCAAAUGCAGAAUACAUCUUUGACAGUGAGGCCUUCAAAGAGACCAGCAUCGAAGGUAUGGACUUCUGUGACAGACUUCUGUGUAAAGACCUGAAGAAACGUAUGACUGCUCAUGAAGCUUUGGAACAUCCUUGGCUUAGGUUGAAGCUGGAACACCUCAGCACAAAGACUAUCAAAACAUUGAGACACAGAAGAUACUACCAGACAUUGGUGAAGAAAGACAGAGAGACAAUCGUCUCAGCAGCGCGUGUUGCUUUUGGUGGUGGAUUCAGGAGUUACAGAGGUUAUGCAGUUGGCAAAGUCAAGAUUGCGUACCCUGUAGAAGGUCUGAGAGCCGGUCCAGUCAUGCAUGGAUCUUCAGAGGAAGGUGGGCAUGUCAGAUUUGUUUGCAACAUUGAAAACUACGACGAAACCACAAAAGCAAUUUGGUACUUUGGCACCCGCCAGUUAACAGCAAGUCACAAAUAUGAAAUCAGCUACUUCAAUGGAGUUGCUAGCAUCUACGUCAAGGAAAUUGAAACAUCUGAUGAUGGUGUCUACAGAUGCAAAGUUGUCAGUCAGGAUGGUGAAGAUAGCACCUAUGGAGAACUCUUCGUUGAAACUGUGAGAUGCUAUCGUGAACACUUUAUUGGACGCUCACUUACAAAGAAGAGAAAGCUUGAUAAGCAAAGACUUAUGCAAAGACCACCAGAGUUCACUCUGCCUCUGUACAACCGCACUGCUUACAUCGGUGAAGAUGUUCGUUUUGGUGUAACCAUAACAGUGCAUCCAGAGCCAACAGUAACAUGGUUGAAGGCUGGACAGAAAAUCAAACGAGAUGAUAAGAAGUACACUUUCAUUAGUGACAAGGGUCUUUAUCAAUUGAUGAUCCACAAUCUUGAACUUGAUGACGAUGCUGAAUAUACUGUUAUGGCCCACAACAAGUUUGGUGAAGAUAGUUGCACCGCACGUCUGACAGUGACACCUCACCCUGUUAGUGAAGACACCAUGAGGCCAAUGUUCAAACGGCUGUUGGCUAAUGUGGAGUGUGUAGAGGGCCAUAGUGUCCGUUUUGACUUGAGGGUCUCUGGAACACCUGCACCAACCCUGAAGUGGGAGAAGGAUGGCAGGCCAUUGGAAUUUAACCAACAAAUCGCAGUUGUCCAAGAAGAUGUAGACUAUCACGUUCUGCAUGUCAGAGAAACUCUUAUUGAGGAUUCAGGUCUUUACAAAGUUACCGCAACAAACUGUGUUGGAUCAGUGUGUUGCCAGGCCACACUGAAGGUGGACCGCAUUACAUAUAAAAGAAGAGAAUAUAAGAGUGAGGUGGAACAACAGAAGUAUGUUCAACAACAAAUUGACAAGACACUGAAAAUGGCACAAAGCCUUUCCACCACUGAAGUUACUGGAUUCAACCAAGUGGCUCAAGAGGCUUUGAAACACGCUGCAGACAUAUACAAGCCAGGAGUGAGCACUAAACACUGCGAGGGUGAAUUUGAUAUCACAGAAGAAAAACCAUUCGUAAAGAUCGAGGAAAGGAAACUUUGCAUGCCAUAUAGAAUUCCUGAGCCACGUGUCCAUGAUGCAAGUGCUCUGGAUGAAGACCUGUUGAUUAAACACUUUGUACCUUUGUCUGACAUGAAGUGGUACAAGAAACUCAGAGACCAGUAUGAAAUGCCUGAGCGGAUGGAGAAGAUUGUACAGAAGAGACAGAAACGCAUUCGUCUCUCCAGGUGGGAGCAAUUCUAUGUCAUGCCCCUUCCUAGAAUCACUGACCAGUAUAGGCCUAGAUGGCGUAUUCCAAAGCUCACACAAGAUGACUUGGAAACAGUAAGACCAGCAAGACGGUCACCUUCUCCUGGAUCAGAGGCAUCCUUCAGAUCACGAAGACGCUCCCUGGGUGAUAUGAGUGAUGAAGAGCUUCUGCAGCCCAUUGACGAUUACCUCUCAAUGAAGAAAGCUGAGGAGGAAAGGCUCCAACUUGACGAGGAGCUUGAACUUGGCUUCUCUGCCUCCCCACAAAGCAGCCCUGUCCGGUUCGAGUUAUCUGCUCUGCGUCAUGAAGCAAAGAAACAUGUUGCAAGAAGAGGAGUAUCACAAGUAACCGAGCACAAGGUCAAGAGAACAGAAGUUUCACAGUUCAUGAGGAGGAGAAGAUCACUGUCUCCUACAUACAUUGAGCUGAUGCGCCCUGUUUCUGAGCUGAUAAGAGCUCCUCGCCCAUGUCCUCUAGGGCCAGAGGAGAUUGUGGAAAGGAGAUCACCCACCCCUGAGAGGACACGUCCACACUCCCCCAGCCCCCCAGCUUCAGCUGAGAGAUCCUCCCGCUCAUCCUCAAGAUUUGAGAGGUCAGCCAGAUUCGACAUCAUGUCCAGAUACGAGUCAAGAAAGGCUGCACUGAAAUCUGAGCGCAAGUACCAGACAGUGACCCAAACACCCUUCAGCCUCGACCACGCCCCACGUGUGACCGUGAGAAUGCGUUCUCAUCGCGUCCCAUGUGGUCAGAAUACAAAGUUCACUCUGAAUGUCCAAGCGAAGCCUGAGGCUGAGAUCCAGUGGUUCCACAAUGGACAACUGAUUCAACAAAGUGAGAAGUUCCGCUUCACAAACAUGAGUGGAGUGCUGUCUAUACAGAUCUGUGAUUGUCAGGCAGAGGACAGUGGCACGUACCGUGUUGUUUGCUCAAACUCAAAGGGAGAAGCGUCCGACUAUGGUAUCCUUGAUGUUUCUGAAGAUGAAUUCUCCACAUAUACAUCACGUCGUAAAGAUGAGGAGGCUCCACAACCAUUUGUUCCUGAUAUCACAAAGACAGACCAUUACCACAUAUCAUCCUUCAAGGCAGCUUCCUCCUCAGCAACACACAUGGAGGUGAAGGAAAGUAAAUCAAAGUUAACUGAAACACGUGAAACAUAUGAAAGAUAUGAUACAUCUGAACGAUUUGUAUCUGCAUCUGAAAAAUAUGCUGCAUCCGCUAAGUAUGCAUCAACUGAAUACUUAACAUCUGCAGCAUCCUUAUCAUCAGCAUCUUCUGGAAAGUUUGAAUUGACUGAAAGAUACUUGUCGGGUGAAAGACAUGCAUCGUCUGAAAGAUACGCAUCAUCAGACACAUAUGCUUCAUCUGAAACAAAAAUUAGGGCUAUGGAGGAGUCAGAAGUUGAGCAAGUGACUGUUCAUAAAGUCAAGUCGACUCUGGCAGCCAGAAUAAUAACUAAACCACAGUCUGUAACAGUUAAUGAGGGAGAGACUGCUCGAUUCACUUGCGACAUUGAUGGCGAACCAGCACCAACUGUUACAUGGAUGCAUGAAGGACAAGUCAUUGUAUCCUCUCAUCAUCGUAUGGUGUCAACCACGCAGUACAAGUCUACCUUUGAAAUUUCCUCUGUCCAAUCUUCUGAUGAAGGAAGCUAUACACUGGUGGUUGAGAAUGCUGAGGGGAGACAAGAGACUCGGUUUAGCCUGACCAUUUUCAGAGCAAUUGUUGAAGAGGAGUUUGUUGUCUCAGUGAAGUCACCAGAGCCUGGAUUCAAGUCUCCUGAACGAGUAGCUUCACCUCCCAGUGUUCCCCCAACCCCUACCUCAUCAAUCAAGUCUCCUGAACCAAUCAUGUCACCCGCUAGUGGGAAGUCGCCAACCCCAUCAAUCAAGUCUCCUGAACCAAUUACUUCGCCUCCAAGGGUGAAAUCCCCUCCCCCAGUCAAGUCUCCUGAGCCAGUCAUGUCACCAAAGGGAGUGAAAUCACCUCCCAGGAUCAAGUCUCCUGAACCAGUUGUAUCGCCUCCAAGGGUGAAGUCCCCUCCCCAAGUCAAGUCUCCUGAGCCAAUCAUGUCGCCAAAGGGAGUAAAAUCACCUCCCAGAGUCAAGUCUCCUGAACCAGUUGUCUCACCUCCAAGGGUGAAGUCCCCUCCCCCAGCCAAGUCUCCUGAACCAAAAGGAGUGAGGUCACCUCCCCAAGUCAAGUCUCCUGAACCAAAAGGAGUGAAGUCACCUCCCCAAGUCAAGUCUCCUGAACCAAAAGGAGUGAAGUCACCUCCCCAAGUCAAGUCUCCUGAACCAAUCACUUCACCUAAGAGAAUCAAAUCUCCACUAACUGUGAAAUCCCCAACUCCUAAAGCUCCAAAGAUUGUCCAACAACUCACAGCCGAAAACUCAAAAGACAAAGUGAGAAUGUCCUGUGUAUCUGAAAGCAGCGUGAGAGAAGUUGUGUGGUACAGGAAUGGAGUGAAACUGACACAGAGCAGUCACUAUGAGUUCCACAUGUCUGUCGAUGGGCAUUGUUCCCUCAUUAUCAAUGACCUCUCUGAGAAGGACCAGGGAGAAUACUCUUGUGAGCUUAUCUCAGAAGGAGGAGUCUCAGCUAAAUCUUCAUUCUCAUUUGUCGGCCAAGUGUUCCAAUCCAUCUACACUAAAGUCACAGCUUAUGUGCAGCAACACAUGGCCAUGAAAGUGAAAACCAAACAAGUAACAAUGAGUCAAAAAGAGGCAUCUAUGGCUAUGGCUUCCCAUACAAGUUCAGAACAGGUCGUUAAGAAAGAAGUCCACGGAGGAGCUCAGAUGAUGAUGAUGGGGGAGAGUGCUGCUCUUAGUAGCAUGCAGGAAAGCUUCUCUUCCCAAUCAGCCCACAUGGCUUCUUCUUCUAUGCACCAGGAGACCUCUUUCAGCAGCUCCAGUAUGUCUAGCAUGGCUGCCAUGGCUGCUGAAAUGCAGAUGGAAACCAUGUCUCUAUCUAGCAUGUCUUCCAUGACAUCUUCCCAUACCAUGAGCUCCAGCAGUAUGACCGAAAUGAUGAGUCACUCUCACCUGGAGGGGUCCUCCAUGAGAUCCAUUGCACAGGGUAUGCUAGGUGCAACAGGUGCACCAAGAAUUGAAGCUCUCCCAGAGGAUAUAACCAUUGAACUUGGGAAGGUUCUCACCGUAGCCUGUGCUUUCUCCGGAGAGCCCACCCCUAACAUCGAAUGGUCCCGCAGUGGAAAAACCCUACCUGGUGAGAAGCAUGGCGGUAGGUUCCAUAUCGAGACCUCAGAGGACCUCACUACACUCAUCAUCACCAGUGUGAAAGAGGAGGAUGCUGGAGUGUACACCCUCAAACUGUACAAUGACUUUGGAUCUGACACUGCAACAGUAACUGUAAGCAUUCGAUCAUAAAAUUUAAAAAACAGUCCAAAUAUUUCUAUCCUCCCCUUUCCCAACUUCAAUGCUUUUUAUUUAUUAAUUUAACAAAAAAUAAUCUUACUUAAUAAAGACCUGGAUUUCUGUUAUUGUAAAUAUGAACUAUUUUUAUACCAAACAUGACAUAAAUUUAUGCCAAACUAGACUAAAGUCUAAAGUUGUUAUAAAAUGUGCCAUAUUGGAUAAUUAUGACUUAGGAUUUUUGAUCCAUUUUUCUGUGACAUGUACAUAAUGUAUAUAGCCGAAUUUAACGGUUAUGGAAAAUGUAUGAAUUGUUAUUUAUGACAAUAUUAACUGAAACAAAAGGAACUAAAUGUUUAACAGGAGAAAGUUUCACAUGAAACGAAUACCCUG